AUGCCUCAGCUCUCGGGAGCCGGAGGAGGCGGCGGCGGCGGGGACCCGGAGCUUUGUGCUACCGACGAGAUGAUCCCGUUCAAAGACGAAGGCGACCCCCAGAAGGAGAAGAUCUUCGCCGAGAUCAGCCACCCGGAGGAAGAGGGCGACUUGGCCGACAUCAAGUCGUCGCUGGUGAACGAGUCGGAGACGAUCCCAAACAGCAAUGGGCAUGAGGUGUGUAUGGAGAGAGAGAGAGAGAGAGAGAGAGGGAGGGAAAGAUGGGCACAAACGGUUGGGGGUCUGUGCGAAGGGCAAGGGGGACGCGCACAACAGCUGGCGGAAUAGAACAAACUUUCCUGGAAGGGCGACGGUCAAGUAGUAGCAGCAGCAGCAUAAUAAAAGUUGUGCACAGGGAACAAUCCGGUUUCACUCUUUGGGUGGGCUUCGGGGUGGGUUGUGGGGGGGGGGGGAGGCUUCGUCUUGAUCCUUUUGCCCUCUUAUCUCAAGCAGUAAAUCAAGCAGUAAAUCAGCCUGAGCUUGAUAAAGUCGCUGGAAUGCGUUCGAGUGGGUGGCUUUGCUAUUCCGGGGCUAGAGGAAAGGAUGGGGGGGUUGGGUGGGUGGAAGAGUAGGUUUCUGGUAAACUCAAGACUACCGCUCCUUUUCAGAGAUUUUGGGGGCUGUUGUUUUUUCCAAGUGUAGAAGGAUCUUUCUUUCAGGCUAGCUAAGGAAAGGGCGUGUGUGCGCGCAGCGUGGAAAACGGGAAACUGUAAGCCGCCAAGUGGGAUACUGUUUUGACCACGGCGCUUUGAAAACUGAUACUCCACAGUUCCCCAUGAAUGAGUAGCGCUUGGCGCGGCGGAGGAGGGAGUGGAGUUGAAAGCUCCGCUUGCUGCAGUUCCCCCCGCCUUGGAAUUGGGGGUGGGGGCAGGCAGAGCAGUUGAAGAGGAGCGGUUGUAAUGUUGUGAAGCUACUCUUUAAAUUUCCUGUUACCUUUCCCCUAGUUUAAACCCAUUUUUUUUUGAGUGGUGGGGAGGCAUGUAUUGGGGUGCAAGUAUGGCUAAACUGGCCUCCUUUGGUUUUGUUCCUUGUGCGUUUGCAGAUGGCUAUCGUGGCUCAAACGUAAACCUGGUCUGAGAUUAAAACUUGAGUCGGGUGCCGUAUUCCUUACAUUACCAUGGUUACUCUUGGUGCCCUGCCUUGCCGUGGUGCACUACAGUAGCAAAUAAGAGUACAUAGAGACACGUGGGUGGUUAGGUGGCAGCUCCCUAACUCUGCAGGGAUAAAUUAAUUUGGUAUAGGCAGAGCAAGAAAAACGCUAGAAAGUUAACUUCCUGUACAUCUUUCAGUGAGAGAUUUUUGGGAACAGUACGUCACAACAAAGUUCAGACUUUUUUCUAAAGGCAAACCACAGGUUUUAGGGCUGUGCUGCAGAAAACCAGUAAGGAGCCUUAAGUAGACAGACCUAUGUAUAUUUGUUGCCAAAAGAAAUAUCUGCAGGCUGAACUGACUCAUGCCUAGAUCAGAAGUUUGCUUGCUGUGAAAAGACAGAAGAAUCAGAGAUUUUGAGCAAUUUAAGGAAAUGGUUUUGGGGGGGGCAGGUUACCUAAAAGAUUGACUCCACCCUUUCAUACCUGCAUAUACUUUUAAGUUAUUCAUCAGAGGAUGGAGAGGGCCUUUUCUGUGCUGGUACCCUAGCUAUAGAAUGUCUUCUCAGGCUUUCUUGGUGCCUGCAUUAAAGUAUUUUCAGCACCAGGCAAAUACUAUUUUCCCCCAGCAAUUUUAAAUUAUUUCUUACUGGGUCUUCUGUUUAAGAAUGAUGAUAGAAUGCUUGUGGAAAUUUUUAUUGCUCUUAGUAUUUUAUCUGAUGGUUUUUUGUUUGUUUGAUUUUUGGUUAUUGUUUUUGUGAUCUGCCCAGAUGACAUGGUUAAUGGCUGGUCCAUCAUUUUUUUAAAGAAACUUUAUUUUUGUAGAAUCUGUGGCUUAACUGUGGCUUACAAAUUGAAAGAGCUCCUUUCCAUCAUUGCACCUGGUGUUAUUUUGCUAUAGUGGUACCUUAGGAACCUAGCCAAGGUGCUGCAGCCUACUACUAACAGUUGGGGAAAUGGUCCCAAGUACACUUAAGUCAACUAAAUUUCACUAAUGAUCAAUACCACUUACAGUGAAGGGUUUUGUUUUCUGAAUCCUUCAGAGUAAGGUGCAUGGAAGUCAACAGAACUUGUUUCCAAGGAACGACUUUCUUCCGGCACACUGAGAAAUGACUUGCAAACCUUCAAUGUUGGGUUGUGCAUUAAAGGUUUAGUUUGAAUUUCAAUGUUUCUGGAUUGCCUUUUAAAUUUGUAGGAGCUGGCAUUGUUUCAAAUGGAGUUGAGGUCUUUGAAAUGUAUUUAGUUACUUAAUGCGUACUGGUGUGUGUUAUUUGCAGUCAUUAACUAUAUAUUCCUUAUUGGGCAGAGGUGACUUGGCCAUGGUAUUCCCACAUUAACUUUCCACAUUGAGCUGUUGCAAUGUGCUCUAUGUAGGGCUGCUCUGGAAGACUUAUCAAAAACUUCCAACUGGUUCAAAAUGCUGGGUUGCUGCUAGAACUCCCAUAACCUCUGUUCUAAAACAGCUGCAUUGGUUUACCCAUUUGCUUUCAGGUUCAACUUAAGAUGCUCUUGGUUGGUAAUAUAUGGGGGGGGCUCCUUCUGGUAGUUCUGCUGCCCUAUAAAGUUCAGGGAUGUGGUGGUCUAAAAGAGGGCAUUAUCUGUGGCACCCCCUAAGUUCUGGAGUUCGCUCAGCACAGAGGUGUGUUGGCACCUUCGCUUUCAGUGAAUGCACCUCUGCCCUGGCCUCGGCACCUGAGACAUGUGUUUUCAGGUCCCACUCUGUUCCUAUGACUCCAAUUUCAACUGCUUUUAAUGCUGGAUUUGAAAUUGUUGUAACCUGCCUUGGAACCUGCUGGUGAAGGGCAGGUGAUGAAUUUAAUGAUAAUGAUUGUGAGUCCAUAUACCCCCCCCCCAAAAAAAUGUAAUUCAUUAUUUUCCAUGAGUAUGGAAUGCAGUGUGAGUGCUUUCUUCCCUAAAUCAGUUUUCAUGGCACAGGAAAAGGCAGGUUUGUAUGAAUCACAGGAUCCUAUAAUAGCAUUAGGCCUUAAGAGUAGCCAUGAAAUUUCUCGGGUUAAAAUCAGCAAGGUCAGAGCAUUAGUCAUAAACUCUUUAAAGGAUUUGCAUAAACUGUUGGGCAACUUACCAACACUGAAACAAAAUUGGGAUUUAUUCUUUUUUAUAUAUAAAAAAACCAAGGAUAGUUCAGAGAUACCCACAAUAUAUUUUUCACUAAAAUGAGGUUUGUGCAAAUUGAAGAUAGUGGAAGCUAUUCUUGCAUCACUAUAAAACUAAAUACUAGCAAAGUGGUGCAAAUAGAUAGGUAGGUAGAGAGAGGGGGAGACAUAGAAGUGUUUAUGUGGGAUUUGGACAUUAUGAUACAUUUUUAUUAAGGGAAGAUAUAAGGAACAAAAUAAGGUAAAAAUAGAUGGAAAUGUAAUAAUGGCAUGUGAUAUAUGUUUUUUGUCCAGGUGUCCAGGCAAGGCCAGUCUCAGGAGUCUUACCACGAGAAAGGCAGAGAACACCCUGAAGAAGGUAAGACAGAUCUUUCUUUACACAAGUUAUAGAUUUUGCUGCUAUUUUGCCCCUAUUCAUGCUUUGCUUGCAUGCAGGGCAUUUUUGUAUUGACUGUGGGUUGUACUUUUAGCCCCACCCACAACUUCACAACUCCUUCCUGCAAUUGCUGCCAUUGCAACAAUUGCGCGGAAGCACUUUUGCUUGUAUGUUAGGGGUGAGGCAAAAAGUGCAAUCCUUCUCCGCAGUCCUUAAAUAAUGCCUUGCACCCUCGCAUCAAGUAACAGUAGAUCUGGAUGUUGGUUAUUGAGGUCAAUCUGCAUGCAAGCAUUCUGUUUCAAAAAUUGCCUGCAUGUGUGUGAGUGAGUCUGGUCUGCGCUAGGACAUGUGUGUGUGUUUGGGGGUAGUGGGCUUAACUUUUUGCCGCCCACUGUGAGUUUGGGUUCCUGGUGCCUGCAAUUUGCAUAGGGGCUGGAAGCACCCUUUGGCUUCAGUAGCAGAUUUUUUAGAUGCAAGUUGCAAUUGCAGGCAGCCUGACCUGGAUCAUAGUGGGCUGCAUGCCCCCAACCCAACUGUGGGGGUCUCAACUGGAAACACCCACAUUGGCAUUCAAAUAUAAUUUUUUUAAAAACCUACACUCAAAGGCAAGCGACUAAGUAAAGUCACAUAAAGCCUGGCCCCAACUAAUGUUAAUCUUAUGGUUUUUCCAUGUGAGCCACUUUUUGUGUUGUGCCAUUUUCCACAAAUCAGUCCUGUGUACAAAACAUUUUGAUCAAUUCCUAUGGUAUGAAUAUUUAUUUACUGAAGCACAUAUGCGCUUCUCUCUCACUGGCAACUAUAGGUAAUUGUAUUUGCUGGCUUCUUUCAGGCUUUUAAAAAAAAGUUUAGAAGGAGUUAUUUUGGCAAGUACUCACUUGUUCUGUAACACGAUGUAGGAAGCAUAAUUCAAGUAGCACAGUGGUUAUCUGCUAAUUAACCAAAUAUUUUGGAUGCCCCCCAAGCCACUAGGUUAGAUGAGGGUUUUGUUUUUUCCCAGUGAAGCUGAUUAGAUCAGCAUGAUUCUUACUGCAAAUACGUAUCAGUUUCAGUUAAAUUCUCAAUAUAGAAAUGUGUUUUGUUUGUUUGUUUGUUUGUUUUGUCACCAGGGAAUGGUAGUGAAGGGUUGGGGGCAACUCUGUCAGUAAGACUUGUAACAUGGAGUCUGUAAAAUUCAGCAUUUCAUUUGAUAGCAAAAUAGCCAUUAUUAUUUAAAUUACAUAUUAAGCAGAUUAGAAAUGGAACCCCCUGUGUUGAAUAGGCUCACCAUUAGCGGCAGGUGUUGUUGUACAGAAGGCCGAACUCUCUCCCUUAUUAAUUGCUUCUAAUUGGCACGGUCAGAACAAACUUUUUCCUGCUGCUGGUAUAGACUACCAGAAGGAAGCCUUAAAAAGAAAAAAGGAAAAAAAACCCCACCCAAAAACUAGUUAUAAUGUCCUAGUUCUUAACUGGAGAACAGAACAUGCGGAACACUUUCCUCUAAAGAUUAACCUGUUCUAAGAUGUGGUUGUAAAUGGACGUAUUCAAAGUUUUAAUAUCUGUGAUGCUUAGUGGGCUGAGCUUCCUCCUGCCUGGAAGUUUCAUAUCUUCAGAUAUAACAGAACCCAUUAAAAUGUGGUGGUCUAAGGUAUACUUUAGUGCAGUCCUUUUACUAGGUCUAAGAACUUAAAGAUGCAAACCUUGAGCAGAAUGCAACCACGCCCACCUCCCCCCCCCCCAAAAAAAUGUAGGACUGCUGGAAGAAUGAGUGUCAUCUUAUAUAGAAACACAUUGGAAAAUUAAGUGGCGGGGCUAAAUCAAUAACUCUUGCUUUUUACAGGGAAACACAAUGAUGGUGGCUUAUAUAGUAAAGGACCUUCUUACUCUGGUUAUUCUGGGUAUAUCAUGAUGCCAAAUAUGAAUAAUGAUCCAUAUAUGUCUAAUGGAUCUCUUUCUCCACCAAUCCCCAGAACAGUAAGUUUACUUUUUAAAAAAUAUAUAUGUAUGCAUGCAUAUGUACACUCACAAAUCAUUCUUUGGAAGUACAAGCUUUGUUUACUGAUUAGCAAGCCUCGGUUUUGGCAGGAUUUGAGAGGAAUGUUUCUUACUGCUAAUUAAGGUGCUGACAGUGCAUACUUGAUCCUUAGGCUCAUUUCUAGCUCUGUAUAUGCUUUCUAGGAAUCUUGAACAGUUUACGGUGGAGCAUAAGAGGUGAAUCAUACAGAAUGGCAUAGUGGUGUGAACCCAUUGGCAAGUGGUGUAUGUUUGUGGUACCCAUUGUGAACUUGGCUUCCCUAGGAAGUUGCAGGUGGUUGCUAGAGGAGGUGGAGACUCCUCUUAGUGUUUGUCUUGGUUGGGCUGAAGAGGCUGAGUUACAAUCUCAAGCCAGCCUAUGUUGAACCAUGCAAUAUGGCAGUAAUCCUUUUGUAUCAGAAUUGGCGAUCAAUCUAAUAAUAUAUACAGGGUCUUGCAAACUUUUUCCUGCUUUAACACCCUUUUUCUGAGAUAAUGCAUUCUCAGUGCCCUUGUAGCCCUCCUAAUGCCUCCUUCUAACUUGAAUAAUAAUAAUAAUAAUAAUAAUAAUAAUAAUAAUAAUAUCAUCAUCAUCAUCUGUAUAAGGGAUGUUAUACCUCCUUGAUGGUCUCAGUAACCUAUCAAUGAUAGCUAUAGUUAUUUAAAGUAAGUUAGGUUUUUCUUCUUCAUUGAAAGCUACUUAAAAUAUGCUAACUUCUCAAAAGUCCUAAAUUCUAUCUUUUUUUUCUCUUUGUUGGACAUUUUCUAGUAUACCUGAACAUGCUAGUUUGGGUUUACUUAAUUAUUAUUAUUAUUUUUUAUUAACAAUAAUUGUGUAAGAACAAAAAAACAAUCUGAUUUUAAGGGCUGUUGCAUUAAACUGUAUUUCUUAUUGUAAGUUGUGAGUGGGUUAAGUGAACCAGCUACCUCUGAGUCCUUGGUGCACUGAAAGAGACCACAAUUUGCAUUCCUUUUUACCUCUGGUGCUGAAAUUCAGUACAUUUUUCAUAUAAACAUGAAACUGUUAACUUUGGCAUGUGAUGAGUGUUUUCAGUGCAUGUAUUUACACAGACAGAACACUGGGAUUGGCUGCAUCUCUGUGACAAAUAUACGUUUGGUAGUGAACAUGAUUUAUCACUUUGUGAUUAUUGAAGUGACCCUAAAGUUCCAAUUCUGUGCUUACUUAUUUUAGAGAUGUUCCCACUGAAGUAAGUGGAGCUUCAGAGCAAGCGUAAUGAUUGCACUGUCUGUCUGAGGACUCUUGAUGUAAAUAUCCCUCUCUUGUUAAUUGAAAGGAUGAUGAUGACUAUAGGGGUUAGGAUCUAUAGGGACAUAUAUUCUGUGCCACUGACCUUGAGUGAAAUGGACAGAUAAAACUGGUUAUAUAUACUGCUUUUGCUUCUUCUUUUUAUAAGUAUGCAUUACUUAUGCUUCUGAACAUGAAGGAAGUAUGUUAAUCUUUGCAAGUUCUGGAAACAAGCCAAAUAGUUAAAGAUUCAGUAUGUGAAAUAGCUGAGAUCCAAAAUUUUAUUAGUUAUUUCCUGGUUGAGUGCAUCUCGUUCAUGUUUGUGACUGGCUUACUCUAGAGGUUAGUAAUUGCUUUGGCUAUCUGUAUUUGGCACAUGCACCUGAGAAUACAAAUAGUGUACUAGUAAGUUGUCAUUGCAUUUGUGUUUAUUGCCUCGUAAACUUCCAAGAUGGUUAUGGAAGGAGAUAAUGUAUACAAAUAAUCUAACACUAGAUGUAUAUAAAUCAUCAAACACUGGCAGAAUCCUGUUGGAGGAACCAAUGCUUCCUGGAUGUUCUAAGCACAUAGAGCUGUGUUUAAUAUAGAAAAGGGAAGAGAGAGUGUGUGUUAACAACAUGCAAAAUAACAAUGUGUUUAUAAACACAGAGAUAGUUUUAAUAGCAAACUCUAGGAGCUUACAUAAAGCACUAUUGUCAAAAUAGAGUUACAAUGAUGGGAAUAUAUUUUUGGCUUUCUGAAACAAAAUCUUGCUACAGAGCUAAACAGUUACUUGAAACUGCUGUGUAUUCAGCUUCCUCAUUACCGUGUCUUGAAUAAAAAGGCAGGUGAUUGACAAAAUUGUGUGUUUGGACAUUAAUUUUUUUUUAAGUGUUUUGUAAGUAAGUAAGUAAGUAAGAGAACUUAUCAGAAGUGAAAACUAAGGACUGUUCUUGCAUUUUAGCGCAUUUUCUGCCCUGUUGACAUCAGGUUGGUUUUGUCUUGCCACAUUGUUCUUUAAGUUAUAUAAAGGUCUGUGCCUUUGUGUGUAUGGUUAUAAUGGUAUUCGGUGAUAGAAAUCAUGACAUUUUAAAACUGAAUAUUCUUGCACAACUUCCAAAACUUGUCUGAUCUGAUGCAACUAGAGUUCCCUUGAGGAAAAUCCCCAUCUGAUUGGGACUAAGCUUGACAGAGGAAAAAUUGCCUUGAGGAAUAUUUGGAGGGAAAACUGAUGACCAUGGGAGGAAUUUGACAUUCCUCCUCUUACUUGCUAUUUUUCCGCUAGAAAUCCCCCCUUCACCUUCAUGUUGAUGAACCUUGUCAAACAUGUUUUCCAGGGUAAUGCAGUUUUGCUAUUAGCUAUCCUACAUUUUAUCAUGAAUUCACCUUCUGGUUUCCUUGUCUAUUAUUCAACCAAGUUUUAUUUAGGGUGGACCCACUAAAAUAAAUUAACAUGACAAAGUAAAGUCCAUUAAUUUCAAUAGGCAUACUCUGAAUCAAACCAACUAAGUUUGAUUCAGAGUAUGCCUAUUGAAAUUAAUGGACUUUUUCUCUUUCUCUCCAAGGUGAAGAUGGUUCAGAUAGAUUUAAAAGAUAGACUUUUCUUUUAAAAAAAGUUGUGUUGGACUGACCAUUUGUUUGUGGAUUUGAUUCCUGUGGAAUUUUUCAUCAGCAUAACAAAGCAUCUGCCAGCUACAUCCGUUGCCCCAGAGGUGUUAGGUAGGAUUUGAACCACCUUGGGGGCAGUGAAUUUUUUCACACUAUUCUGGACAGCCUGAUUUUCUUAAUGUGCAGGGAAACUGAUGAAUACCACUGCUUAUUUAAAUUGAGUGGCUUGGGAAUCAUGAUUAGUCGAACGGCCUACUGCUGAUGAAUAUUCUGCUGCAAAAGUUUUUUUGCAGUAUGUAAAUAAGAUUUUUUUUUAUCAGAUGCUAAAAUUCAUAGUGAUUAUUUCUCCUUAAGAUGAUGACCUAAUUUUGCACUUCUGACUACUGCUGGUGGUGAUGGGGAAUUCCACAGACAGAAAUAUGCAUGUAAUGUUUCACAGAAAUUCUAACAUCUUUAUAUUAAGCUUAUACAAGGCUACAAUAUCGACUUUUAUGCUAUGCGAGUUUUUACCAAUUUUUCAUUGAAUAACAGUGUUUGCAUGGGUUGAAUAACAGUAUUUGCAUGGUUUUCAAUGUGUGAAGGAAAGUAUACUGCAAAAAUAACGAGAGCCAGCCAGUUUGUAAAAACUGUUUCCCCUAUGGUUUUAUGUAAAUGGCUUUUGAGUUGCACAUCUAUGUAUAUGAUAUGCUCAGUUAUCUCUCAGGAAGAUUCACGGAGGUGGCAGCCUUCUGAACAUAUGAGCAAAUCCGGUUUGGGUAUCAGUUUGUACAUAUUUCUGUGUCUUGGAUUUCAGUGAAUUUAACUCAUAAUAUUAGGCUUUGAAAUGUAUCAUUUUCAUGUGGCAGUGUGGCUCCCUUGCCAUCUCAUGUUUGGAACCCUUUUCUUAAGACUGUUCAUGCAGAAAUGAAGAAAAGCUUCACUUAGCAGAUAAUACUGGGAAAGAUGAAACAAUAUGGGUCACUAUAAGGCGUUAUAAGACCCAAGGCUUUGGGGAUCAACUCAUGAGAUGCUUGCAAAAAGCACAUCCUGAAACAGUGGCCUAAAAAGAAAGGAUUGUAAUACAACUUUUUGUGAAAAUCUUGCCACCAGACCUGUUGUUCAAAAAGUCACCAGCUCUGUUAAAUUUCACCUAGCUUGUUUUUUAUUCUGAACAUCUCGGCUUUCAAGCUUCCGACUUGCUGGGAGAAAAACUGCUAUAACCAUAGAAGAAAAUGGUAUGAACAGCUGGAGCAGCAAAUGGCAGCAAUGUUGUUCUUCAUAAAGCAAGUGCUAAUGCAGCACAUAUGUCAAGAGGGAGACUACAAUACUUGUGAACCUAGCCUUGUGUGCCUUUUGGCGGCUUCCAUCCUAGCAUAAGUGUGAAGUGUGUGUGUGUGUGUGUGAGAGAGAGAGAGAGAGAGAGAGAGAAUAAAGAUUGGUUCCCUCUAUAUUAUGGCACUUCAAGUGAGAUUGGUUUUAGGUAUCUGUCCUGGAGCGGGAUCUAUCCCGCAUUUCUUGAGAGUUCCUCUAAUUAUCUCACAUUAUUAGGCUAUUUAUAUGUAUCUCUUUCCAAAGCAAUUAGAUUAAGGCUUGAGUAAGAUGUAGGGUGGCAAGUUUAAGUCAUUCUAUAUUACGUGGCCUGUGUUCUUGGCAAGAAAAGAAAGGCUCCCCCUCUCUGCCACCCUUUGCAUCUAAGCAUCCUGGUUUUCAUUCCCAGCUGGAAUAAUUAGAGUGAACAAUAGGCCUCUUGGCAGCAAUGAAAGAGCCCCCAUAUGUUCUCGUAUAGGCAGUGAACUAAAUGCCACAAUUUUAACUUAAACUCUCACAAUGCUAUUGUUAGUAUUUGAAGCUGGACUUCAUCUUGUAGUUUUCACAGACCUCAGGCUUGGUGAUAUCCAAAGAUUGUGGCUUAUGGUUUUAGAUUGCAGGAAUUACAUGCCGAGGGUUGUGUACAGUGGGGGUCACUCAACUGAUGGUAAGGCUUCCAUCAGUGGAACAAGGAAGGAAACGAUUUUCAGUGAUACCUCCUUAUUCCUGCAGCAAGCUCCCAUCUCUCUCUCCUCUCCCACCCACCCCCCAAAUUUAGUGGGGAGGCGGAAUCACUGAAAAUUGCUUCCCUUCCUGUUCUGCUGAAAGAAGCCUCACAGUCAGCUGAGACCACGUUUGAAAAUCAGGUUGCUACUAAACGCUUGAUGAUAUGGCCAGAGAGACCCAAUUUAGUUUCAAAUCAUAAUGCAUUUAUUUUAUUUUGAAGUUCUCAUGUGUAGCUCAUGAAACACGUGCAGUCAGGGAAGGCAGCAAAACUAUAAAUGACGUGAUUCCUCCAUUGAAGGUACAUACACAUUAUUACUGUAUCCAAGGUAUGGAUCUCAUAUAGAAGUCAGCGACUCUUUUUUACACCAGAGACCUCACGAUUACUAAUAAGCUUGAGAUAGCUUGUAUGCUUAGAAAUAUGGGUGUAAUUGGAAUAUCUUAUUCAUGUACACAGAACUUGCCAAAUGAUGUGUAGACAUAUUCACCCUGCAUUCUUUAUUCUGCUCUUUUGGGGACAGGAAAUGUUUAUACUUUUUAGGGGGUGGGGUCUGAAGCACAGAGUGAUUACUGGCAAGGGGGGAGAUGGUGCUGGGGGAGUGGUAAAGAAGAUCUUGUAAAAGGGCUGAUAGCCACUGUAAGCCCUUUUCAGUCACUUCCCAGCUCUCUGAAUUCGGGUGAUCACAUCAGUCCAUUUCCUAGUCUGGUUGUGCUGUUGAUGAAUGCCAGGUUGGCCUGAAUAAAACAUCUGUGCUCCAUGAUUCAAUUAUGAGAUGAAGGCUGACCUGGUAUGUGUUAUGAAGAAGAUCUUGGUGGGCAAGCUUGCCUCCCAUGGUACCCAGUACAGCACCAGCCCAGAUUGGAAGUUACUUUCAUCCAUUAGAUUUCCAUUGUCCUCACCAGGAAGCCAAUCCAUCCUGUCAUUGAAUUCAGUGGUCUGUUAUUUGUGUUGGGCCUGAAUAGGCAGAAUAGGGAUGCUGUUGGUGUACUACCCACCCCACUGCCCAACAGCCUCCAUGGGUGUGCGAGUGGCUUCAGAUAACCUCUUCAUAGUAACGGUAGUUGGGACUUCAACAUCCAUGCUGAAGCCAACUCCACACAGUGACGGAGGAAGGGGGCAGUCCACUCCAGGUGCCAUAUUUGAGGGGGAUGACAAGAAGGCACCCUGUGGGGAGCUUGCCCUGCUGUUCCCGGGGGUGGCGGCGCAAGCCGCCUCCAUUGCUCCUUCACAGCCGCAUGAGGAUCCUCCGUUCACGGCUACACCCUCCACUGCUGUCCAUACGCUGCUUGAGCGGCUCUGUUGGCAAACCGCCAGGCGGCGCAUGAGUGACGGCACUACAUACGGUGCUGCACAUGCACCCUUCGUAUGGCACACGCACAUGCGUUGUAUGUAGCAGCGUGAGCACAUGCGCCCUACAUAGUGGUGCCACACAUGCACCGUACGUACGGUGCAUGCGCCACCAGGCGGUUUGCCCCCUGGUCUGGUUCUCCUUCCUUUGCCCCUGACUCCACAUUGCCUCCAUGAUAACUAUGGGUCUAAUAUCCCCUUCCUAGGCAAGGUGCUGAAGAAGGUGGUACCAGAACAACUUCAGGCAUGCUUGAAUAAAACCAGUUAUCAAGACCUAUUUCAAUCUGGCCUCAGGCCUGGUUUGGGGACUAAAACUGCCUUGCUCACCCUGGUCAAUGAACUUCAUCAGGAGAAAUAUUAUUCUAGAACUCUCAAGCAUAUUUGAUACCAUAGUAUCCUCCUGGACUGCCUUCAGGAUUUGGAAGUUGGGAAUAAUGUUUUGUGGUGGUUUCAUUCCAUUUUCUUGAGGGGGGGUUUAAAGAAAGUAGCAUUGCGUGACUUACACUUGGCCCUGUAUGAGUGAUCCUGUGGGGUUCCUUAGGAAUCUGUCUUGUUGCCCAUGAUCUUUAAUAUCUAUCAUAAACUUCUGGGAGCAGUCAUCUGGAGAUUUGGAGUAAAGUGCCAUCAGUAUGCUGAUGGUACCAUUUCUCUGUUGUGUCUGCAUUGGGAAAGGUAGAGAAGGUCCUGAAUGGGAGCCUGGAGGUUGGAAGGGGCUGGACCAAUAAACUGAAGAAGAAUCUUGGUGAGAUGGAGGUUUUGUGGUUGGGUGGUUCCCAAGUCUGGAAUUUGGCAGUGGUUCUGGGUUCGGAGUGCAUAUACCUGGCUUCAGUUGGUGCUUCAAUUCUGGCUAUUUUGGUCUGGCUAUGGUUAUCCAUUCUCUGGCAAUAUCUAGAAUGGACUAUGCAUGCACUCUACAUGGGACUACCCUUAAAGAUUAUACAGAAUUUGCAAGUUGUGCAUAAUGCAGUAGGCAGAGUGUUGAUAGCAGCAGCAGGCUAGUUGUAUAUGACUUCUAUUCUCAAACAGUUGAACUGGUUCAAGGUCCAGUUCUAGGUGCUUACUGUAUUUUUCCAUGUAUAACACGCCCCCAUGUAUAAGACAACCCCUAUUUUUUGGGACCACAACAAAAAAUAGGGGGGGAAUUGCCCUAAAUUAUUGAGCUUUUGGGGGGCACUGCCACCAAUCGCUCUACAGUCUGCCCACCACUGCCAAUCAUCUGCACGCUCGCCGCCAAAAGCACACCUGCCCACUUGACGCAACAGCAUCAGAUUGCACACAUGCCUCGCCGCUGCCAUAGAUCCAAUUGCUGCAGCUGGAGCCAAUCAUCAGCAGGCCUUGCUGCAGCAACCAAUCACACGCCCAAUCGCUGCCGCCAAUCUCCUGCUGGCUGCUGCCACCAAUCGCCCGUCCCCCCUCUGCCUUCCUAGUGGUCCCUGCAUUAAAUGAUGUGUGUAAUGGAAAAUACUUUAUGGUGGUAGCUCCACAUUUGUGAAUGACUUCCUCAUUGAAGCGUGUCUUGCCUCAACUUUAUACUCUUUAGUUUUUAACCUAAAUGCAAAAGUUUGAACACUAUGUGGAAGUAAUGGGUCCUAUGUUUUGUAUCUAAAUUCCACCCCCCGCAAAAAAGAAGUUGCAGUAAGGCACAUUUCACUGGCAUGCUGCUGCUUAGCUGGGCUGAGACAAGGUAAGUCAGAAGUAAGGUUACUUUUAAAAAUGCAACACAUCCCCCUCACAAGAAGACAAAAAGGCAAGUGGCAGGAAUACAUUAAGAUAACGUUGAACACAUCUGUCCAGCUCAUGCUUGCAUUUCUGCAUAUAAUAGGAAACCUGUGGAUGUAUCAGGAGAGCUUUUAUGGGGGGGGGCUGUACAACAGAAUCAAUCUUGAGGCUGGCAUUCGUACAAAAUUCAAUACUUUCCUUGUUAGAUGUUAUCCCUAUAUCAAUUCUAAGUUGAAUUGUGAGUUGCUGAACUCUUUAUUCAGCAGACAUUAAAAAGUUGCCUAGUGUACUGAAACUUCAUCAGUAUAAUUGUUUUUAAAAGAAUUAUAGUGAAAUAGUAAUUGUUGAUGUGCUGAAAGACCAUUGAAUAAAAGGCGCAUCUUCAGUACUACCAAAGUAAAAUGCAAAACCUCCUGUAGGUAGAAUAAUUUUUAAUAUUUAUAUAGUCGUGCUUUUGGGGGGUGUCAUUCAAGGAUAUGCAAAUCAUGAUAUUUUUUAAACAUGAUGAUACAAUGCGCAAACUCAGAGAGAGGGGGGGUGAUGUAUUAUAUAUCAUAUAUAUUUAUUUAAAAUUAGCUAUGCAGUUAAAAUGGUGCAAGAAGCAGAACCUCUCUGAUUGCUGUGGUAAAAAAAGAACUCAUUCGUGGGGUAUUGAUUUGUUAAGGAAUACAUAGCAUUUGGGGGGAGGGACAAAAUGAACAUACAAAACACUGUCUAGCUGUUGAUGAAUCCACUGCACACAACACCCCUUUUCAGCAUUUGCUAUUGAGUUGACGAAGAGCUUUUCCUUUCCACACUUGUUGAGUUUCUCACAUUUUAUUCUAUGUUUGUGUGUGUGUGUGUGUACCCUCCACCCCCACAAGAGCUAAAGGAAGAAUCUUACUGGUACCAUAGAUGUGCACUCCUCUGUAGUUUAAAUGCCACAGACGGUGAAAGGUCACGUGGUAUUUUAAAAUAAUUGCACUUUGUUAGCUUUCAUAGGCUUAGGAUUGGAACCCCAUGUCUACCUCCACUGUGUGAAAUCAAAGCUCUGGUGUUGCUUUUGCAACCUGGCAUGGAAAGCAUGUUUCCCAGUAGAGAAGCAGUGGAUGGGAGGAGGGGGCUGGAAGAGAACCUGCUGUUCUUUUUCAGCGUCUGCCCAGUAGGGCCCCGAUUCUGCAUUUCCAUCACAAGCGCAGGUCUAGAACAUGGGAAUGGGGAAAGUAGCUAAUAAAAAGGAGAAGUUGGAAGGGUAAGGUGGUGGGACGUUGAAAGGUUAAGCACCCACCAACUCUUCAGUGGAAAUCGUGACCUUCUCAGCCUCUUCUCACAAAGUACUAGUUGCAGCUGGGCUUUGAAUAAACAAGGCAGAGGCUCUCAGUUCUUGCAGUUCUGCCCUCAGAAAUAAUCAAUUAGCAAGGAGAGCCACAAUGCCCCCGUGUGUAUUUUAUUAGCAAAGAGACAUUGUGCAGCUAGCUGCUUUUGCUGUGUAUUGCAGUUUUGGCUUGGCUUGUUGUGCUUGGUUACAAAAGCAUUGCUUGGAUACAAAUGUAGCUGAUUAUCUGGUUGUUAACAUACUGGACUUGGCUGAAAAUCUAAACAUACGCUGGAUUUCAAGUCCUGUUGAAAUUGGUGAUUUGUUUCCAAGUAAGCAGGUUUAAGAUUAGGGUGAGUUUAUGUAGCCUAACAUUUUAGCUCAAAGUAUUUUGAAGUGCGAUGUGUACUUGGUUAUUCUAUAAUGUGAAAUAAAAAAGGCUAGCUAACUCUCAGUUUAUAUAGCACUUGUAACUUAUUAAGGUUUAAAAUUAACGUUCUACAGUGGUACCUCAGGUUAAGUUCUUAAUUCGUUCUGGAGGUCCAUUCUUAACCUGAAACUGUUCUUAACCUGAAGCACCACUUUAGCUAAUGGGGCCUCCUGCUGCUGCCGCGCCGCCGGAGCACAAUUUUUUUCUCAUCCUGAAGCAAAGUUCUUAACCCGAGGUAAUAUUUCUGGGUUAGCGGAGUCUGUAACCUGAAGCGUAUGUAACCUGAGGCGUAUGUAACCCGAGGUACCACUGUAUUUGCUUGAUGGCUCUGUUAUCCAGAAAGUGAAUUCUUACUGUAAUCUCUGCUUAUAUCUUCCUCCUCCUUGCAGAAGAUGAAAUAAGCGUUCCAGAUUGUCUUCACAUCCAAUUAAGUGCUAGCCUCCUGAAAGGAUUGUGUGAAUCAGCUCUGACUAUCCAAAAUGUUUGUGUAUGUUUGAGGUUGUCUGGUUCUUGUUUUUAAUCUUUCAUGAGAAAGAAAGGAUGAUAUGACAGCAAGGAUGAUACGGUUGCAGAGCCAGCCACUUGCUAGGGGUAAGAAGUACAAUGGUACCUCGGGUUACAGACGCUUCAGGUUACAGACUCUGCAAACCCAGAAAUAGUACCUUGGGUUAAGAACUUUGCUUCAGGAUGAGAACAGAAAUCGUGUGGCGGCAGCGCAGUGGCAGCGGGAGGCCCCAUUAGUACCUCAGGUUAAGAACAGUUUCAGGUUAAGAACUGACCUCCAGAACGAAUUAAGUUCUUAACUUGAGGUACCACUGUAUUCAAGUAGCUUGAUAGAGAAAUAUGGAUCAAACUGCCCUCCUUAUGUAAAUAUGCUUUGUGAGUUUUGGGUGGCAACCCUCCAUCAAAAUCAUUUAUAUUCCAGGCUAUAUUGGAGACAAGUAUAUGGUAUUGAUAGCAUUUUAUCUGUUCAAAAAGUAUAUAAAAUUUAGGAUUUCUAAAGGAAUGGCUUGUUGUUUUUCAAGCUAUUCAACAAAAAAAGAAGACAGUGCUUGUUGUGCACCUUUAGUAGUUGUGUUGAAGAGAAUCAAAGGAUUCAGGGAAGGAUAGAUUUUAGCAGAAUUCUGAGGUCUCACCACAUGCAAAGGAGAAUUGGGCUUCUGUUGAUUGGGAAAUGUAGUUUGUUAUGGAUGCCAAAAGUUGUUUAGAUGACCCCUCACAGAGCUUUAAUUCCCAGCACCAUUAACAAGUAACACUUCCUAGGAUUCCCUGCAGGGAACAGUGACUGUUAAAGUGGUUUGAGAAUCCUUUAAAUGUAUACUGCGGAUGUAACCUUAAGGGUGAUAGAAAAGGGGAAAUAAUAGCAGGUGCAGCCUGCUAAGAAAGAACACUCACUGGGUUAUCCCAUUGAGAUGGUGGUUGCAGCUCAGUGCCCAUGGGAGCCUGGCCAUUUAAAUUGGCCAAUUGUGGGUAGGCAGGGCGAGGGGGGGCAGCUUGGCUGGCAGACCUGGGGCGCUUAGGCUUCACUCAGGUCCAUUAGCCACCCAUAUAAUGGGACUGCAGCUGUUCUGAACAGCUCAUUCUGAGCUGGAUUCCCCACCCUCCUUCCCCAAAUUUAGUGGCUGAUAAGCAGCCAGCCCUUACUAAAGACUUUGCUAUGGUACUAUUCAGCUGCCAUAUUUAGGACCAGGGAGGAAUUUUCCUGCAGACAAAUUGGGCCUGUCUGGAAGUUUUGCUUGCCUCAUAGCAAUUGUCACAACUUUCACUGGUGGCGGAUAAGGCAUUGGGUUUGUAGUGUAUUGGGGGGGGGCAACCUUGAUGCCCUUAAAACCAUGGUCAACCCAGCUGGAAUAAUCAAUGAGCAGCCAAUGCCUGCUUACAUCUGUAAUAUAUAAAAGUUGUGGCCUAGUCUAUUCAGCCCCAAGGUUGUUGUCCUGUGGCUUCAUUUACUGGUUUUGAUGAGGGCCUAGAUUGCUGUGAGCACACUGCACCUGAGCCCACAAACGCAGGAGAAAAGAAUUCACUUUUCAGGACUAUUAAAAACAUAGAUAUCUACUUGCAAAGCUAGUAAUUGAAAAGACCCAUUGUUUGCAAGAACUGCAGUCCUGUCCUCCUUUGCUCCUGGCCGCCGUGUCUCUCAGGAAAAUUACUGGAGAAAAAUCUGCAACAUGGAUGCUAAAUGCACUGAAAUCAGAAGUCAAAUAAAAGAGAACCCAUAAUAUUUUAAACACAGUUGGAUUAUCUGGGGACUCAAUUAUUUUGUUAGCAUUAGGGUUGAUGAGGGAUAAGUUCACUCAUGCCAGAAGACUGAAAUGCAGCACAAAUACUGACUUAAAAGAUUUCCACUCUGUCUGAAACCCAAGAGAGAUGUGCCCCAAUCUUAGGAACAUGCCUGGACUAAAUGGACUUAAGCCUAGAUCUUCUGGUUUAACAGGUUUAGAUGAGAGCACUAGCAAAUGUGUUGUUCUACAAGGACAAGUGGAAAUUUGAGGCAUCCAACCUCUUAAAAACCUAUUUAUUUCAGACCUUCUCCUCUUAAAUAAUGUAUUCCUAGUUAAAUUCUCUUGCCACAUUGGCAGGAAUUUUAUAUUGUUUCUAUUUGUUUUAACUGUCCUGCAUUUUUAAAUGAGAUUGUUGCUAUUAUAAGUUUCUUUGUAUGCUGUUUCUUUUUUAAUGCUGUGCUACCUGCAUUGAGUGGGCUAAAGGUAGACUUGUAAGUAAACAAAUCCAGUCUUGGAGAAGGUAGAGGCUGAAUGCUUACAGGUUCAGUGGUCUGAGACUUUAACCUGGCUUCCUUAGGGUAGAGACCAGGUAGCAGGUGAGCUGAAACCAAAAGCUAACCAAGACAACUGCUGUUAGUUGUUACAGCACAGGGGUUCUUAAACUGGUGUACAGAAUAGUACCAAGGUCUGUGUAGGAGGGAGGAAGCAGCUCCUACCUCCUCCUCGCACUCCUCCUUUGUUGAAUUUAUAUACCGCCCUAUACCCAGAGGUCUGAGUGGUUCACAGAAUAACCACUGUUCUAAUGCAAAGUUAGACAUAAGCAUUCUAAGCAGCCUGCAGCCUGAAGCUCCAAAAUAUGGGGUGAAAUUAUUCUUUCUGACUUGCCACCUGAGGAGGAAUUUGUAUCUCUUACUGUGGUAAUUCCCGCAUCUGUGUAGCUUUACUUUUUGUGUGUGUUGUGUGUAGUUUACUACUGAAGACACCACUUCAUCAUACUGUUUUAUAUACAAAAUUCUCACAUGCAAAAAUGAGCAUCUCUUGUUGUUUGUGACUAGUCAUAUGCAUGAUUUUUAGUAAGCUUCCAAGAUACUUGCAAAAUGUCUCAAGAGACAUAUCUGACAUGUUGCAUGUUACAAAGAAGUAAAUAUCCUGCCAUUUUCCAUGCACAUUUGAUUUGAUUUAUACCUCACAUUUCUGCCAUAACAUUCAAGGUAGCAUACAUUGGUUUCCUAGGUGGGCCCUGACUGGACCCACAUAUACUUGGCUUUGGCGAGAGUCCUGACUGCAUGUCUUUAAAACCUGCCCCAACAACCUCAACUUAAAGGUGCGCAUAGGGAAAAAUCAACAUAAAUAAAAGUCCCUAAGCCGCUUGGACGCUUGGGAGCAGGAUCUCUGUGUAGCACAAAUUGAGAACAAAUAGAUCACUGCAUUGCACAUAUGGAGAACAUUAUUCUGUUGCUGCACUUGCAGAGGCCAUUGGCAUUGGAGCUGGUUUAAAGAGUUCUUAAGAUGUGCUCUUCCUGCCUAAGCUGGAAUACAUUUCAAAUGCUUUGGGCUCAAACCAAGUUGGCAGGUCCAACUCAUACUGUGGAAAGUAGUACGGAAAUGUUCAACCAAAUAGUGGGUUUCCACAUGACUCCGCAGGCUGCUUCUUACAAGACAUUUUGUACUUUGUUCAAAUACCCAAGUAUAAAAUGCAUGUCUAUCAUGUUGGUUAUAAUGAUCUGUGUAGAUUAUCAUUUUUAUUCUUCAAAAUGGCACAUAAACCCUUUCCUAGUUGCCUUAUGUUGAAGGGGGAAACCGUGAUUCGAGCAAAGAUUUGCCCUUCAUACAGCGUGAUUGAUGGGGAAUUUAUGGUUUUAUAUUUAUUGUACUUUUGUUGUCUCUUUCUUUUGUAAUAACAUGCUGUUCACUGCUUUGGGGGCCUUUUGACCAAAAUGAGGUACCGUAUAUAAAUGAAUUAUAACAUAUAACAUAACUGGUGUAAUAUGUAUGUAUUUUGUGCUUGAUUAAAGAAGCUGCUAUAGGUGCUAUCACUAUUGCCUUUUAAACAAAAGUUAAUUUGCUUGCAUAAGAACCUACCCAGAAGAAGAUGAAAUAGCUGUUAGAGAUUGGUGCAAGUAUGGAGUUUUUGCAUUCAUCACUGAAAUAGGUUUGGCAUAGUCCAGUGCUUCCCCCCCCCCCAGGGGGGUACGCGGGGGUACGCAUACCCCUAAACAUUUUGUGAAUCUAAGUUUGGCCUCAUUGAGGGGCAGUAUUUCAAUAUCAGUAGGAAAAUGAAAGUACCCUUGGCUUAGUCUUUCAACCUUUUUUCAAAAAGCAAGGUGUUUAGUAUUGGCUUUUGCAUAGUUCAGAGAGAUUUGUGUUAAACAGUAAGAGGGUAGGUACUGAAAUAAGCUAGUGAUCACUGUUAUCUAGGAAAAUGGACUUCCUGCAUACUUCACUUGCAGAGAAGACAAAGGGGUAUCUAACUGGAGAGGCCGAAUUAGUUCUUCCUUGGGUGGAAGUUUUGCCAAAGGACUGCUUACGGAGCAGUAUGUGUAGAAGCUGACCAAGCUUGCCCCUGUUCGGAAGUAGAACAGUGGUCACCAUAAUUGAUUUCUCAGUUACGUUUAUUAGGUGUUGAGGGGUUGCAUGAUGGAAUGGAGAAAGACACAACGACGAUCUGACUAGGGAUGGCUUCUUUAGCAUUCAAAUGCUAUGCACGUGUUUAGCUGCUGGUUUCUUGUUCUCCACCAUAAGAGUCAAUAGCUAAUUAACUCUGGUUUUACUGAAUUUUGAGAAACUCUAGCUAAAUGCAUUAGUAAUUUAAUGUGUUUUCCCAACUGGAUUAAUCAGCCAGAAAUUCUCAGGACAGAACCGAAAGUAUGUAUAUGUAACUUAGAUUGUGUGUGUGAGAGAGAGAAAGGGGUGGGAAGGCUUAAAAAUCUAUAUCAGAAUGCUGGAUCAUGGAACAAGAAUGCAGUGUUUGUCAAGAUGAAAAGAUGGCUACGCGUACUUUGGCUGAGAUAGUGAGUGAUCUUGAUCAAACAUGGCAAGGUUACUUAGGAAUGGUCGGUCCAUUUCUACAGAGUGGGGGUUUUCGUUGCUAAGUUUCAGUGUGCAUUCCGAUAGUCCGAUGGGCAUUUCUAACUAUUGAAAAGAUAUUGAAAACAUACCAUUAAAUAUAGAUAGAUUGCUGAACUGAUUUGUUGACGAAGAGUUUAUUCAAACCGGUAUUUCUCUAAGCCAGAGGUUGCUAGUCCAGCCCUUGCAGGUACCAUGUUGCCUGUGAAAACUUCCAGUGGUGCCCUGGACUCUGAACUUUAAUUUUGGGGUCCAUUAAUUUCAGUGGGUCUAAUCUAGGUAAAACUUAGUUGAAUACCAGCCCUUUUAUUUUAACAUAUUCAUAUUUCAUAAAUGUUAUUUAUUACACUUACCGUAUUUUUCUGUGUAUAAGAUGCCCCCGUGUAUAAGAUGCCCCCUAUUUGGGGGGACUCAAAGUUAAGAAAAUGGGUGGAGAUUUUUGGGGGAGGGUUGCCCAGUGUUGUUGAGCUUUCUGGGGGGGAUUUGCCGAGAAUCACUCCCCCGCCGAAACAAUCUCCAGCUCCCGGCAGCAGCCAAUCCCCCGUCCCCCCACUGCACUACCCGUGUAUAAGACUAGCCCAAUACUUCAACACUACUUUAACAUAAAAAAUCCUCGUCUUAUACAUGGAAAAGUACGGUAUAUUCUACCUUUCUUCCAAAUGGGUGCUUACAACUUCUACAUAAUAGGUGUUCACCAGGCGGGCUUAACUUUGGGUAGACUGUUGCAUAAGGAGGUUCACUUAAUUCCAUUUCUGCUGGCUUUCUGUUACCUGGUUAAAACAUUUCUGGCAGGCGUUUGUACUGUCAGGAUAAUGGAACUGCCCUGAACCAGCUGCCUUCUUGCUACAAAAGAGUGUUUUUGUCUGCUGUGUCUGUCUCUGAUUUGCUUUUCUUAAUGAUGUUUAUCUUGCACAGUUUUAAUACAAUACUAAUAGGAGCUUCCCUAGGAAAUUGUUCUAUAAUGAAAGGGUGGAGUGUAAAUAAACCUUUUUAAUUAAUAAACAAAUGCGUUGGUAACAUUUCCCUGUUUCUGCGCUCCCCCAAAGGCUAAGCAUCCUAUUUCCCAUCCCAUAGACCACCUGAAAACUAUUCACUGAAAGACGAAACUGUGGAUUUGGCAAUGCCACUAUUAGGGAAUAAGGACAGCUUUCAUUGAACUGAAAGGAUAAUGGAUGCAAGAAUAAGUAAUUGCCCACUCAUUUGAGAAUAAGAAGCAUUGGGUUUCAAAUUCUAGGUAGGUAAGAUAUAGGAGUCAAAAUAGUAAGGGAAACUUGUAGAAGAACAAAGAUGUCUAGGGGGUUGUGCAGCUGCUUUCCUUGGAGGAACAUAAAAGAAAUGGUUGUGCAGGUAAAGUAAUAAAUGGGAAUACAGUGUUGCAGAAAAACUAAAUUAAAUAGGAAAACAUUCGUGCUGUUGCUCUGGACUUUAACUUUUCAUAAUUUUGCCAAGAGUUUGCUUUUCCUGAUAGAAAAUGUUAUUUUCCUGAAAGGCAAUUUAGUGAAUUUCGGUUGAAGACCAACAUAAUAUAAACAAGGACUUAGUAUAUUCUGCAGCACUAUAAGCCUGCAGUCAUAACAGAAUUAUUAGACCAUCCCAUUAUUGUUUACCCCCUCCCCAUCUACUUUCUCCAUUGCUUCUCCACAGCUGCCUCAUUCCUCUUCCUCCAGAGCAGGAGAAAACAAGCUUGUUCACUCUUCCAUGUGAUGGCCCUUGAGAUAGUUGAAGAUGGCUAUCACAUCUUCUCUCAAGUCUUCUCUUUUCCUGUCUAAACAUACCCAGCUGCUUCAACUGUUCCUCAUAAGGCUUGGUUUCCAGUCCCUUGAUCAUCAUUACAUGUGUGCACAUGGUGCAGUGGUUAGAGUAUCUAGUUGUAACUUGCUCUUUUUGAUACACAGGACGAGGUUUAUGCUGCCCAGGCUUUAGACAUCAGAGGCACAUGAGAGCUCUCCUAAACAUCAGGAAAAACAUUCUGACAGUAAGAGCUGUUCCACAAAGGUUUUUAAGCAGAGGUUUGAUGGCCACCUGUCAUGGAUGCUUUAGCUAAGAUCCUUGCAUAGCAGCAGGUUGGACUAGAUGACCAUUGUGUUCCCUUCCGACUCUACAAUUCUCUGACUCCAUAAUUCUAUGAAAGGGUGAAGCCAAAAUAAAUUGAAGGCAAGCAGGACCGAUGAGGAUCUGCCAAGCUCUUUUCUGCACUCUUAGGUGGUUGAAGAGUCCAUCUGAUCACUGGACAACCUCAUACUGCCGGUGCUCAUGCAUGAUCUCACUGUUGCCUUUUUGCUAUUUAUCAUUUACAAAGACUAGUCCUUGAAUGCACCACUAUUCCAGUACCAUGCCCUUAUUCUGGUUUAUCUCACCCUUCCCAGACCAGAUGUUUAUUUGUUGUAGUGGAAUAUUUUUUAUUUUAUUUUUUGCAUAGUGUCUGUCUAGGUGAGUCCUAGUUUGGGUACAGCCCAGGAUUAGGUAUGGGCUACAUAAGCUGCACAGGAACAUUUACUGGCCUCUGUGUUUUAAAUGCACUAUUAAAUUCAGCUGACAUCCUUUGGCUUUAAUAUGUGUAACUGAGCACACAUUUGGAGAAGUACAUUUCAUUAAAUCAUCAGAAGUUGCUUCAAAAUGAAUUUGUACUUUUCGGGUGGCAUGUUGCCAUCUAUCCUGCACCAAAAUGAUUUUAAACAGGACUUCGUUGUAUAAAGGACUGAAGGCUUUCAUGUCUUGGGCAAGGCACUUGCAUCUUUCUUUUCUUUUUUAAUUAUUAUUAUGAGUGAAGUUUAAAAUGGUUUGUUUCACAACUUGAUAAAUCCAUAUACUGGAUUUCUUUUUUCUUUCUUUUUUUAAAGUGGUAAUUCACUGAAGCAUUCAUUACUAAUUUAAGGGAUUAAAAAUGAAUUUGGUUUUGCAUUUCUUAAUGAAAAUUUUGUACUAUGAUAAUAUUAAAAAGUUGAUUGAUUUCAGGGAAUAUAUUACUACAAGGAAAGGUGUCCAUAUUGUUCUAUCUUAGAUAAGAUGCUGCUGCUUUAGUGGCUAAUUUUAAAGCACUAAUUUUUCUAGUCUUCCUUUCUCUGUGAAGUCACUCUUUAUUUUACUCUUCAAGCCUCAAAAUGUGUGUGAAUAAUAAGCAGUUCGUUUUGUGUGGUCCGAGCUAUAAAAAUGCCCCUUGUGUUCUUUCCGAAUGAAAAACAUGGUUUUCAUUUUGAGAAAUUUUGCAUAAUUUUUUUCCCCCUGUGUGUGCUCACACGCUUUUCUUUAUUAUUUUGGAUUAAAAACAAAUGCUUCCCUGCUUUAACUUUGCAUGUUCCAAUUACAGAGUUGUGAAAAUAAGUCAUCUUUCAGCUUUUUGUUUCUUUAAAACAGCUAUCGGUGAUGUCAGAGUCAAUACUAAAAGCAUUAAGAAUGCUGGCAGAAUGCAAUGCAGCUGCAGUCCAACAUGAUGCUGGAAAUGGGGUUGAGAACAUAAAGGCUUUCCAUAUUCCCAGGGCGCACAACUGCUUGCGGCCUUGGCUUUGAUCUCUUCAAAGGCUGCUGCCUCCUCCUAGAUGGAGAGACUUGGCUGCCACUCGCUUGCAUUGAAAAAAGGCAGAGGUCUCUAUUCAGGCAGAAAUCAAUCACUGUGCAGAAACAAUUAUGUGUAAUUCAACCAUCAUGAAAACAGGACGAGAUUAUGGGUUUGUUACCUGAGUGACUGCGUAGAGAUGGGGGAACUCUGAACACAGGAGUCCUGCUGACAUGCCACAUCUUGAUGACAAUUAUAGACAUAUGAAUGAUGUAGCAGGCAGGGGAGGCGUGAUGACAAAUGCCGGGCACACUGUCCAGCAGAGCAGAAAAUGAGGUUACAAUUGGGAGAUAAUGUUUGCAUAUGUAACCAUAUUUCAUCAAGCUGGGCAACUUCAGGGAACAGGCUAGCUGGGCUGCGGCGAGGGGGGGAAAGGGUGUGUGGUGGGGUAGUCGUGGCACUUGAUAUAAAUAUGGAGAUAAAUUAUAUCUUGGAGAAUGUUGUCAAAUGAUUAUGUCGACAAGUAUCCCAGCAAUGUUUGAAGAUGUGAAGGUUAGGGGGAUGGAGAGAAUGGAUCAUGAAGACUUGGAAGGGGCAGGGGAAUCUUGGGUAAUUCUGAAAUAAGCUCUGAGGUUGCUUUCUAGUGCUAGUGGUGGUCUGAUGAAUUGCUGUGUGUUUGAAUUGCAAGAAUGAAUGCUCCCCACUGCUUUCCCAUCCAAGUCGGACAUUCAGGUGGCUUCAUAACCAUAUUUUUGUAGAGCUGUGCCUUUUUUUACGUGCAGAGAUCUUAAAGCACCUAUCAAAACAUUUCAGCUGUAAUACUCUAUUUAAUAUGCAAGCAGACUACUUAAAAGGUUUUUUUUUUCCUCCCCUCUCUCCUUUUUUUAAAGGAACAAGAUGCAUUUGGAAUAGUGGGGGUGACGGAACAACAUACUAGAUAUUUAAAAAAAAUAGAAUUUUAUAUAGAGAGCAUCAUUCAUAGGUGGGUGUUGUUUCCCCCCCCAAAAAAUGUCACUUCACCUUAAAAUACAUGCUCACUUCCCCAUCCCCAAGCAAAAUAAAAUGCAGAGAGAUGGCUUAUUAUAAAUGGCAUCACUGCUCAGUUUGAUACACAGGACUAGGUUUACCUUUUAUGCUGCUCAGGCUUUAGACAUCAGAGGCGUGAGAGCUGCUUUGAGUUACAGAUCUUCAAACAAUAAGUCAAAACAAAAAAUCAAUCCCUCCGGUCCCUGGCUGCAGUUAUCUAGAGAUAAAAGAGAAAAAUAAAGUUAUGCUAAAGCAGAUAGAGGAAAGGAACAGAUAUGCCAAGGAAACACAGAGGACAAGUGCAGAGUUGAAGUGGGCCCAGUGUGAGCCAACAUCAAUGAAUUUUUAUCUUAUCAAAAAGUUUUUGGGUUGCCAAUUCUUUUCAGUCUGGACCCAGCCUGCUCCAGGGUAGCCUGAAGCACUGGCUUCAAUAAAGUCACUUUCUUCCACUCUUAAAUAUAGCUACAGAGGAAUUAUAAUACAUUUCACUCACAAGUGUAAAACUUUGCCACAUGCUUCAAUAAUAAAUUAAAGACUAGAAUAAUCCUCCCUUUGCUAAAUGGAAUAUAAAUUGAGAUCUCUUUAAAAUGUUGAAAGACAUACACUAACAAGAAAAAGUGACAAAUGCAUAUUGAGUUUCCCGUUUUUCAUUUCCCGUUCUCAAAGUCACUGCAAAAGUUUUUUGUCUAUUUGAGGCAAAAGUGUAACUUUCUGUAACCAAGGGAAAGAAAUGGAAACUACAUUGCAGGGCUUGGACUUAGAUGACCCUUGGGCAUCCUUUCAACUCUGCAAUUCUAUGAUUGUGUGUCAUUAGGAAGAGCGAGGCAGGUGUCAGAUGCCUGGGGUCUGAAACCUUGACCAUUCACUUAUAUUGGAGAUCAGAGCAGUAUAUAUAUAUGUUGCAUAGCCUGUCAUGCACCCCCUAAACUAACCUCUUGCACUCAGGGUGUAGUAGAAGCUGACAAUCUAUUGCCAGUCUCUCUCCUGCCAGUCCAGUCAGCUUUGGUGCAUAGCAUGAGGGAAGUGUUAUCUUGUCCUUUGACUUUGGGCAGCGAAAUGGUUGUGGCCAGUGGUUACUUCCUGAGCCAGGAAGCUUGUUAAGUACACAUUCUGGAUGGUGUUGCACCUCUCCCAUGGGAGCAGAUUAAUAGUGUGAGGGUGCUCUGAGAGUUAUCCUUAUCACUUGAGGGGGUUGCAUAGCCUUAGGGGCAAGGAGGCUAUUCCUAGCUAUGACCUCUCUUGGGCCAAGACAGCCUAGCUGCGCUGGUAGAUCUCUUGAUUAGACGGCUGCAAUGCUCACUAUGUGUGGCUGCCCUUGGAGUUGAUCAAAAAGCGGCAGCUAGUUCAGAAUGCGGUUGCCAGGAUGCUGAGCAGCACGCAGCACCACAGCAUGGGAUUAAGAAUUUAUCAGGUUUUAAGGAACUGCAUCUUUGCUACCUGGCUAAAUUUAAGGUGCAGGAUAAUAAGAAGCCUUAAACAGACUGAGACCCAAAUAUUUUGAAGGAUAUCUGCCCUUAUCUGCCACCCCAUGUUUAAUGAUCUGCAGACGGGCUCUGCUUGUGGUUGUGGCUCUCUACACAGCAAUGCAGAGCAAGGGCCUUUCUGUUACUGCACCUGAGAUACAGUAUGACACCCCCUCCCCAGAGAUGCACUUAGCCCCUGCACUGACGGCGCUUCAGCAACGUACUAAGUUUUAUCUUUCAGCAGAGUUAUGUGGGUGACUCAGUUAAAGAACUGCACUCCUUGCUACUGACAACUGGGAUAGCUCAGUUGGUAGAGCAUGUGUCUCUUAAUUGCAGGGUUAUGGGUUCAAGACGAUGGGUUAUGGGCAAAGGAUUCCUGCAGUGUAGGGAGUUGUACUAGAUGACCCUCAUGGUCCCUUCCAACUCUGAUUCUAUGAAUUGCUGUUUUUGCAUUGUAGUUUUUAUAUUUGGCCAUGUUAUAUUUUGCUUAACUGUUUUUAUCAUGCGCAUGUUCCAGUUUCAUGAAAUGCUGUGUGUUCCCCUGGGAAUGUCUGGGUUGAAGGAUGUCCAAACAAGCCCCUGUGUUGCAAAGAGAACGUCGACAAUGUCUAGGCAACACGUGUUGCCUAGACAUUGUUGAGUUGAAGGGUGGGCUGCAAGUUGAAAGAAUAUAUAUAAAGAAAUGACCACCCUAAGUGAUACAGAAUGGAGAAAGUGCAGAAGUAAAGAGCCACAGUUCCCUAGUGCCACUGUUCUGAUCAUAUCUGGAUCACAUUUUUGCCUGUUACACAAGAAAAACACAACUUGGGGAAUCUCAGAGUUGGCCCAAAUGUUUUGCAGUUUCAUAAGAAAUCUAGUUUUUGCCUAGCACAAAUACAGCUGAAGACUUCAACUGCCCUACAUAUUUGCAGAAUAAUAAAUCUUGAGCAUCUAUAUCAGGCUCCCUCAAACUCAGCCCUCCAGAUGUUUUUGGGUUAAAACUCCCAUGCUCCCUAGCUAGCAGGAGCAGUGGUCAGGGUUGAUGGGAAUUGUAGUCUCAAAACAUCUGGAGGGCUGAGUUUGGGGAAGCCUGAUCUAUAUGCUUGUUUUCAGGCAGGGCUGGCCCACUCAUUAGGCAAGGUAAGACUUCCGCCUCAGGUGGUAGGACCACAAGGGCAGCAUAUCCCAAUGUAGAUUUUUAUUCCCCCAUUGUUCCUAAUGUAGAUAUUCACUCGCCGUUUCUUUCCUGGUAGGAGGGAGGCACCAUUUUGUGCUUCGUCUCAGGUGCCAAAAAUGUCUUGGGCCAGCCCUGUAUACAGUGCUUUAGAACCUGAAGCACUAUGGAAAAAACCACAGUAUUGUGUGUGUUGAAUACAUUUUGUGUUGUGUGGGCUAAUAGCUGGACAUAGGCAAAAGAAUGCCCCCCCACCUGUUUAAAUCCAUACUUUUUCAUAUACAGUAUAUGCCUUUUCAUGCAAACUAUUUCUUUAGCUACCAUAACGUAACAUCGCAAAUAAGCUACAAAUUACAAUUAUCUGUUUUGUGUGUUUCAUGCCAGAAUCUUAGGAAUUUAUAAGUUUUGUAUCCUAUUCAAAAUUGAAUCUUGAAUGUCCAGAUGAAUGUAAGGUAGACCUCCUUAUGUUUACUCAGGGAUGGGGAUAAGAUGGAGAUGGUAGCCAAGUUUCUGCAACCUGCUAUUUGCAAUAAUGUAGUCACCACACUGUAGUAGCAGCUGUCCUGAAGCUGGUUUCUGCGAGUCACCAAAUUCAUGCAGAAUACUUUUUGUGGCAUGGGACUUCCAAUGUAUGCUUUUAGCAUGCUCCCUUUUAAAAUCCUCACAUUUUUGAGAAUCUCCUACUUGAGGAUAACCAUGCAUGGCAAUUAAAAUCAGUGGACACCUUCCCGCUAAUGUCAAUUAAAUCUGGAUUAAAACUAGUGCUGUCAUUUCGACUUAUACAAGUGGAUAAACCAAGAUUUCUUGCAGUUUUAAUUGAUUAAAUCUGCGAAAAUUUGUAUAUGAAUAACACAAUUUCGAAGGAGAGGAGGGAUUAACUUGUUUUAGAUAAUGCCUGUCACUUUUGAAGCAUGCAUCUUACGAGAGGCUAUACAAUGUAAUGGCUGUACUUGUAUGUCAUGCUAAACCAGAAGUUAGUAUGGUAUGCAAAAGCAUGAAUUAUUGCAGCGAAGCUUUGGGCCAUGUGCUCCCCUGACAUAUCUUCCACUGGGGCUGGGAGGAGGGGUUCAGAAGCUUUUGCUUCCACUUUGGAUUAACCACCUUUGGGACCCAGAACUGUGGUUAUUAGUCUCCUUAUUGUGAUUAAUUCAACAAGCCAGCCUCCCUAGUUAUAGUUUUAAGUAUGAUAGUUAAUGCUAACCACAGUUUGUUGAUCCACGCAACAUGACAAACCAUUGUCAAGCAAAAGCAGAAGCUUCUGAACAGCUCCUCCAGGAGGAGAAGUGUGGAAAUUUUUCAGAAUUUUUAUGAGUUCCAAAAUUCAGCUUUUUUGGAGCACAAGAGAUUCCCUUACUACAGAAUUUUAUUUGAAGUACAGAGUACAAAUUUAUUAGAACCUGAGUAGCCGGUAUCAUGUUUGCAUGUGCUGCUAGCCAGUCAGGGGCUAUCUCCCUAUACUUUGUAUGAGUGAAUUUAAACCAAAUAUACUUUUUAUUUGCCUUGCAUUUAAAGUAAAUGGCAAGUACAGGUUAUAUUUCUGCUACUGGAAACUUACAGGGCUGCUAUCUAAUUUCAGAUUAUAUGUUGUUAUUUGUUGCCUCAUUUCAUUGCCUUAGAAGGGGGGUGUUCUCUUUCACAAUACUUGCAUAAUUGUUAUACUGUAUUAAGUAAGAAUAAAACUACUACUACUACUACUACUACUUAUUAUUAUUAUUAUUAUUAUUCAGCCACUCUGGGCGGCUCCCAGCAGAGGACUUAAAACAGAAUAAAACUUCAAACAUUAAAAACUUCCCUAAAUAGUGCUUUAAAUGCUAGGAGUAUUUUCCAGUAUAUUUUCUUGCCAUAAUAUUGAUUACUUAACAAGUCUGUUGUAUUCGCUCCACAUUCCAUAUUAGUUCAGGGAGGGGAAGAUAAUUACAGAUGGUCCUAAGCAUGGUGUAGUGCAGGCACCCCCAAACUCGGCCCUCCAGCUGUUUUGGGACUACAACUCCCAUCAUCCCUAGCUAACAGGACCAGUGGUCAGGGAUGAUGGGAACUGUAGUUCCAAAACAGCUGGAGGGCCGAGUUCGGAGGUGGGUGCCUGGUGUAGUGGUUAGAAUGUCAGACUAGGAUUUGGGAGAUCAGUGUCAAAAUAUCCACUCAAGCUAUGUAACUUACUGGAUGUCCCUGGACCAGUCACUGCAUCUCAGCUUAACCUACCUCACAGGAUUGUUGUGAAGAUAAAAUUGGGUGCCUGGAAGUGCUCAGAGAGGGGCAUUUUUAGGUUAUCUUUGCUUUUAAAUACCAUUGACUUCCAUGGGAUUGUAACUGUGUGCAGUGUUGCAGCUUAAGUUGGACGUAAUGAACUACCUCUAAACAAAAACAAAACACCACCCCAAAGAUAAUUUUGAAUCUACCAAGUCUCUCAUUAGUCAUAUACAGUGGUGCCUCGCAAGACGAAAUUAAUUUGUUCCGCGAGUUUUGUCGUCUUGCGAUUUUUUUCGUCUUGCGAAGCACGGUGUCGGGAAAGUUUUGGAAAAGCUUCAAAAAUCACCAAAGUCUUUAAAAACCUCAAAAAAGGCUACCACACCGAGUUCUAUGAGUUGCUCCUCGAAGUCAAGUCACAACUGUAUUAACGGUGUUAAGAAAAAGGAGACAAACUUGCAAGACGUUUCCGUCUUGCGAAGCAAGCCCAUAGGGAAAAUCGUCUUGUGAAGCAGCUCAAAAAACAAAAAACCCUUUCGUCUAGCGAGUUUUUUGUCUUGCGAGGCAUUCGUCUUGCAAGGUACCACUGUAAUUCAUGUCUUUGAAAUGGGUACAAAAGUACAAUCUCUUCAAAGGACACCAUGGGAGAGUUUAUCAAUCUGCAAGGAUGCACUAAUCAAGUGUUUUGGUAUAUACACGCUUUAAACAUAAAUUGUCCCCUUUAAAGCUUUCUUUCCCUUUCUGAUUCCCCCUACAGCUGUUUAAGGUAAUUUAAUUACAGUGGUCCUUCUGCCAAAGAGCAGAUUUAAUUUUUCCCUCUGCACAGUAUGCAGCAAAUCAGAGACAAACAACAUGACUGAGCUGAAAUUACACAACUCUUAAGUAGAAUUGUUUAGACUAGCUAUUUUCCUCCAUUUGGAAUUAACCCUGAAUAUGAUAUGGAUAUGUUUGGCAUAAUGUUUAGCUGUUGUUGUUGUCACUCUACCUGAGGUUCCGGAAACAGCAGAGUACUAGGAACAUAAUUGAUAUAAUGGUGGUUCUAGCAAGAUUGACUGAGCUUGACCACUAGCAAGAUCAUAGAAUUUUAAAGUUGGAAGGGAGCCUGAGGAUCAUCUAGUCCAACCCCCCUAUAGUGCAGUAAUAAUAUGCAGCUGUCCCAUGCAGGGAUUGAACCUGCAACCUUCGCAUGAUCAGCAUGAUACAAUCACCAGCUGAGCCAUCCAGGCUGACCAAGUAAUCUUAUUAAAGCAUAUUGUAGAAUGUCACGUUAUGAUAUCGGCUAACUCAACUGUGUAGAUUCUUACUUGGGGGAUAAAGAACCAUUUAAAACAAUUUACUAUACUGAUUCUGAUACAUAUACUCAACUUAACUGUAAAGUUAACAUAGGCUUAUGUUGUGUGGUGCAUCCUUGUGUCUCCUUAGACCCAAUAGUUUUUAAAAAGUUAAGGUAGUAUAUAGGUACCAUUGUCACUUGCAGAGCAUUUAAAAUUGUGCUUUUGUUUGUUUGUUUUUUCACUCUUCGUGUUGUUACAGAAGUUGUCAGACUAGAGGUUAUGACAGGCUGCGCACCUCACAGACAAAAUGUCUACACCACAAAACUUUCAACACUUUUGAGAUGGAAAAUGAUUUGUGUCUCCAUAAGCAUAUUCAAAUUUAUGGUUUCAAUUAAAGCCACAAGAAGGUAAAGCCCACUUAAUUAUCAAGAUGUGCAUAAGGCUGGAGUGGUGAUGGUGGCAGUAGAUGUGGCAAGAUCAAGUGGAAUAAGUUUCUAUAUGUCACAUACAGCAAUUUUAAGGCUGCCUAAAAUCAGUUUAUUUUUAUUUUUUAUAGCAACACCUUCUAAACUUUUGCUAUCAAAUAUUUAUGCUACCAGCUUGCUUAGCUGGGUGUGCGCAUGUUUGUGUCUGCUCUUGCUUUUCAGUUCUGUGUAAAAGGACCUGGUAGUCCAGUUUGUUAUCCAAAGAGGAAGCAUUCUGACAGACAACCGAAUCUGCUUUCUCAUCUUAAAAUACCGUAAUUAGAUUACAGUUAAGAAAGGUCUUAGAAACCUUUUAUAAUUCAUAAUAGCAGGUGAAAAUGACACUGAAUGGGUUCCAGAGUUUUUACUCAAUGCAUUGACAUGGUGAUUGCUUUCAUUUACAACUUCUUAUGCUUACUAUUUUAAAGCCAAAGUAACCAAAGAACCUUCCCGAGCCCUACAGCUUCCUUUGUGAGAAGGACAGCUACAAGUGUAAAAGCAAUUCUGCAGCCCAAGGUAUAAAGACCGACUCCAGGUGGGACCACUUGAGAUACACUUCUUUUUCUACAUGGAGAUAAAGCCAGCUGCUCUCUUGUGAAUGGCUUUGUACAUUGAAUGGAUGCUAUAAGGCAAUAAUACGCUACAAAUGCAAUGCCUGUUGUUUUUGGUAUGGCUGCUACACUUUCUAGCUUACCCGUCUUACAACAGGGAUUGCAGGAUUCAGAAAUGGUUUCUGGUUACUUUACAAAAUUAUAAUGGGGAACAGCAUCUUAAAAGUGCUACAGUCAAAGCCGUACACCAGAAAAGCAGCCAUGCUCAUACGUUAUUAAUAAACAGCAUGUUUGACUUAGCUGACUCCAAAGCUUAGAGGAAAAUACAGCUACAGCUAGUUAAGUAGAUGUAUUCAUGAAAUUUGAAUUCUAUUAUCCAUGGUCUGUCUCUUUCUUUCUUUCUUUCUUUCUUUCUUUCUUUCUUUCUUUCUUUCUCUUUCUGUAAUCUGGCAAAUCAACUAUUUUAUUUUAUUCUUAAUCAACAUCUUGAUCUCCUCCAGCUGGAAUUCUUAUCCCAACUUCAUUCAUUUAAAAGGACAGUGGGCAAAAUAUAAUAACGACCCACAAAGCUUUGUAGCGUUCCUUUAUCUCUAACAUGUACUUGGGCUGCAAUACUAAAUAUAGCUACUAGGGAAUAUUCCCCAUUGGACUUACUUCUGAGUAAACAUGCUUAACAUUGCACUGCAGCGUGAGUUCAUAAUUACGGUAUUCAGCAUUGGACAUUUGAUUUAAAAAUGACCGGAAACUAUUUUGAAUAUCAACAGUUGGAUUUUCAUUUCCAUUUUCACACUUUAAUUCCACUUCUCCCAAUGGCGCUCCACCCCUCAACAUGCACAUUCUGUAAAGAUGUUGCUACUUAUUUGCCUGUAUAUUACCUUUGUCCAGCUUUCUUUUGUGGUGGUGUUUUGCCCAUUUCUGUUUGCAAUAAAUCUAACUCAAUAAUGGGUCCAGCUAUCUUUUGGGGGCAGCUUAGCUGUUGAUCUGGAUAAGAUGAAUUACAGUACAGUGGUACCUCAGGUUACAGACACUUCAGGUUACAAACGCUUCAGGUUACAGACUCCGCUAACCCAGAAAUAGUACCUCGGGUUAAGAACUUUACUUCAGGAUGAGAACAGGAGCCUCCCACGCAGCAGCAGCGGCAGUGGCGUAGCGUGGGGGGUGCAGGGGGGCCCGGCCGCACCGGCCGCAACAUCUGGGGGGGCGCGCUCGCACUCGCAGCUCUCUGCCCCUACCUGGCUCACUCACUCUCUCUCACUGCAGUGCUGGCUGUGUGAAUCCCAUCCGAGCCGCUGGGUCGCCGCCCACUGUGGAGGGGGUGGGUGCCAGGCGUGCGGUGUGGAGAGAGAGCGAGGCACUAUCUGGGGGAGGGACAGUGCAGUGGCCGCCCAGCACAGCGCUGAGCGCGGGAGAGAACCACACCAGCCCAGCCCAGGCAGCAGCAAGAAGAAGCUGGCAGCGGCGGCAGGUUAGGGGUUAGGGGGCGCAAAUUACUUGCCUUGCCCCGGGUUAGGGGGUGCAAAUUACUUGCCUUGCCCCGGGUGCUGACAACCCACGCUACGCCGCUGAGCAGUGGGAGGCCCCAUUAGCUAUAGUGAUGCUUCAGGUUAAGAACAGUUUCAGGUUAAGAACAGACCUCCGGAAUGAAUUAAGUUCUUAACCCGAGGUACCACUGUACUAGGUCAGAGAAGCAAACUGUAGGCUGAGUCAGAAGCUAUGUGAGGGGAAUAGCUGGAUGGCAACAUUCUGUGAACUGGUUGCAGAGGGAGAGAGCCCAGGUAGACCAGCAGACUGUAAAGAGAUACUGUUCUGCAAGAAACAGUGAGAGGAGGAAAUGCACCAGUUACUUCGGCUGGAGGGCAGUAGGCAAGAGCCUCAUCCUGUGAUUCCUAUCCAGAACAGCUUCCCAAAGUGUGUUCAGAAGCUAUAAUUUGUCUCAUUACUAUCAUUUAAACAAACCUGUACUGGGCAGGGGCGAAGGAAGGGGGGUGGACCGCCCCAGGUGUCUUCGCUGAGGGGGUGACAUUUGGAGCGCUGCCCGCCCGCAACUCCCAAGCCUACCCCGAGCCGUCGGGGGAAGGGGGGAGCUACGCCGCCUUGCCAGCGGCAUUGCCCCCUCCCCCCUUUGUUUUGACACCUGGGAGAGACUUGGGAGUCAUGGGCGGGUGGCACACCAAAUGUCCACCAUGGGUGGCUCACUCUGACCCCAUUUCGAUGCACCUGAGCGGUGAUCCCACGCCUCGGGAGCGCACUCACCCUGGGAAGUGCAGGCAUAUGCUCUGCCGCUGGUACUGGGUUAGUUAAAGUAACAUUUAAAGGUAAAGGUAAAGGGACCACUGACCAUUAGGUCCAGUUGCAGACGACGCUGGGGUUGCAGCGCUCAUCUCGCUCUAUAGGCCGAGGGAGCCGGCGUUUGUCUGCAGACAGCUUCCAGGUCAUGUGGCCAGCAUGACUAAGCCGCUUCUGGCGAACCAGAGCAGUGUACGGAAACACCGUUUACCUUCCCGCCGGAGCGGUACCUAUUUAUCUAUUUGCACUUGACGUGCUUUCGAACUGCUAGGUUGGCAGGAGCUGGGACUGAGCAACGGGAGCUCACCCCGUCGCGAGGAUUCGAACCACUGACGCUCUGAUCAGCAAGCCCUAGGCUCUGUGGUUUAACCCAAAGCGUUACCCACAUCCCAAAGUAACAUUUAGAACAGGUUAAAAAUGGUAUUCCUAGGGUUGCAUCCAAUGAAGUAGUCCCAUUUGUAUGAGGCUUUCUGCCUGUGCCAUGCGACUUCCCUUUCCUCCUCUAUCCCUACAUGCCUCUGCACCCGCCCCCCCAUCUGCUCUUAUUAGCUUUCUUCAAUUGUCUAUGUUGUCAGGAGUGCCACCUUGGGCCAAAUAUUGGGGGGGGGGGCAGCAGCGCAUUGUAUUCCUGUGAUGUGACACACAUGUCAUCAGGAGGAGGAGGAGGAGGAGGAGGCAGACGCAUUUUCAUUUCUGUGAUUUCAGCUGGCUCCAAAUAAAUAUUCAGGCAUCAAUUCGGACAGUACAUGGAAAAUUCCAUGGGCACCUGCUGAAUUGAACUGCAGUGCAGUGUACACAUGGACUUUUCCAUACUGGCAAAAGUUCAUUCCGACUAUCCCCCCCAAAUAAUAAUAAUAAUAAUAAUAAUAAUAAUAAUAAUAAUGUAGUUCUUAAGUUUUGUUCCUCGUGGACACAGUGUGUUGCUCUGUCAAUAUCUACUUCAUGUCAUGGUCCUACUAAACCACAAAAUGUGUAUGACACAGCAAGUUUAAGAAUUAUGAAAGCUACAUUGUCUAGUAGAAGUCCAAAGAGAUGCACCUUGUUUGUUACUGUGUUACGCAUUUUUGUUUUUAUGUUAUAAACUGCCCUGUGAUCCUUGGACGAAGGGUGGUGUAACAAUAAAGCCUUUCCAAACCUGAAACAAUUGCACAGAAUAUUUGUGCUAUGCGAAUUGUGUGGCUGUGCUUCUAAAAAUGUCCAUGGAAUGAUGUAUCUAUAUGAUUUGACUUUGCACUGUACAGUCUGAGGACAGACAGGACACCGAAGAGCAUUUAUUUGAUAUUCAGGCGCGUGCGCACACCCCAGUUAAAUAUAGGCCUAUUCUUCGGGGGGGGGGGAGCCAAUUGUAGAGAAAUAUGUGAAAAGUGCUUUUCUUCUUCCCAAAAGCUCAGAGAAGAGACAGCAGCUUGCCUGGCUUUACUCAAAAGUCUAAUCUGCAAGUUCACCUGGUAACCAGAUAAAGCGCUUCCGUUAGGUGCUGGGCUGAAGCUUCUGCUGUGAGAAUGUAGGCUGGAAGAGUGCUUGCAGGCAUCAGUCUCACUCCUAGUGGAAUGUCUGACCUUUCCCAGGGCUUUGAUCGUGCAGGCUCACAGUUUGAGAUAAUGAGCCCUUUGCAGAAUCUGGAAGGGUGUGGGGGGGGGGGGUUAGAGGCAGCUUUGAUGGGUUUUUUAUUUUUUAACCUCUUACCUGUGUUCCUGGUCUCUUGCCCAUGUUCUCGUGUGUGUGUGUGUGUGUGUGUGUGUGUGUGCGCGUGCGUCCUAAAUGUGUGUGCACUGAUUUCGGAAUAUGAUUACCUUUACUUUUUUUUAAAAAAGAACUUUUACGCAGUAACCGAGAACUCUUGUGUGCCCAGCGAAAGCAGCCAAAUCGGAAAAAAUCACAGGAUAUCAUGAAACUGUGGUUUCCAUUCAAUGUUGUGUUGAGACUGCGGUAUCUGGGGCAUAUCUUACCACAGACUCAAACUGGCUUAGUAGUCAUUCACUUCAAGGGGGUGUGGGAAGGGGCCAAAGCAACAACAACAACAAAAUUCUCAGCAUGUCAACAAACUUCAUAUCCAAGUAUAGAUAGUCUGGAUACAACUAAAAAUGAUCAAAGCAGCUAAAAGUGGUAUAAAACCUAUAUACGAUUGUUAUAAUGUCUAGCACUCCAGUGCAUGUGGUGGUGCUUUGCUUCAGGUUUUGCAAGGAGCUUAUGUAUAUUAGCUUCCAUUGUACAACUUUGAGAUAGGAUGAAAAAAAAAUUCCUUCCACUGACUGUAUGCAUCUGACUGUCUGCAUCCUUGUAUAAAAUACUGCUGCUUCAGCCCAUCUGAAUUAGUCCCACAGCUGCUUGCCUAAAUAUAAAUAGGAUGCUAAGCAUUUCACAUCUGGAGGUUUGGGCAGGAAUGUGCUAAUUAGAUAAAUCUUGAUUCAUUUUCUUUAAGCUAUAACUAAAGCCACAUAAGCACCCAGCCUGUUUUUAUGUAUGCUCAAAAUAGACUUGCUUUAACAAUUUUGCUCAUAACUGUCUAAUUCUUUGGGGAGAACACUGAAAAAUGGCUUUGCGUUUGUGUUACAAGUGUUUGAUGCACGAUCUAGCUCUUGGUACACAGCUCUGUUCUGUAAACAGACAAACAUUAAACUAAUAUAUAUCCUUUAGUUUUAUCCACCUUAAGUUACUGAAGUUUCUCAUUAUGCAUACAGUUGCUGCUAUCAGUCUAACAUUGCAAAUACAUAUAUUAAACUACCUGCUUUCUCUGUUGUGGUGCAUUACAUCUCUGUUGGUUAGCAUUACAUCGAAACUUCAAAAAUUAAGGUCCUUGUGAACUAGAUUUGAGACACACUCUGAAAUUGUUUUGAGUUCGCACAUGAUGCUAAGCCAACCCAUGUCUUCACAUGAUAAAUACACAGGUUUCCUCUGGUCCUGCUGCACUACAGUGAGCGACGUCACGGUUUGGCUUAGCAUGUUUUCUGAACUAGGGCUCAUGGUUAAUUUUGCACCAGAAAAACCCUAAGCUGUAAGCUCAAGAACAAGCCUUGGUUACAGCUUGUAGCUUGUCUGGAGCAAGACAAACCAGAAGCUUGGGUUCAGAUGACAUGGUUAGCUAAACCAUGACUUAGGUCACAGCAGUGCAGCAGGAGGACUGAAGCUGUCCUAUAUGGGAGCCUAUGCAUUUGCACCAAACCAUGGUUGGAUUAGACCAAUUUAUGCAAAUGUGUCUGUAUGCGUGCAUGUGCUCACACCCACCAACAUGAUAUGAAUGUAGUAUUGAACUAAAGUCUUAUUGGUGUCUGUUGGUUAUUGCUUGCUUCACUGGUUGCAUUUCUUACAAUACCUUUUAAUUGCCUUUUCAAUUCUUGAAAUUUAAUUUAAUCUGGCAGAUAUUGGGGUAUGUAAAUACUUUAAAGGGAUGUUAGUGUAGUCCUACCCCUAGUGUUGACCACAAGGAUUUCUGAUGGUUUUCACUAUAUAGCAAGAUUGAUGGCAAAAAUUAUUUCUCUUAUCUCAUGGAUAUUUUAUGUAUAUAAAUAUUCUUUCUAACGGGGUCAGGAAUAUUUAUAUAUAUAUUUAAUGAAAUAAGAGAAUUUCUAGCUUGCCCUUUCUUUUCUUUUCUUUUUGUAAACUGCUUUGAGGUGGUUGUUUUUACAAUCAAGCAGUAUAUAAAUUUUAUGAAAUAAAACAAACGACAAGUUACAAGGCAGCAACACUACAAUAAAACCAAUUCAGCAUUGGUUAUAACAGCUAAUAAAAACACAGCAUCCUAAAGCACACAGGGAGCUACAAAUAAUGAAUAUCCUUCCGACUGCUUCUUAAUGUGAACUCCCUGCAUAUUGCUUUAACUCCAGUGGGACACCACCACUCUGGGAGGGCCGCUUGGUUUACACUGAGGGCCACGCUAAAAUAUAUAAUCAGCUGGAGAACUAGUUGACAUAAGCAGCAUAUUUGGCAUUUUGUUUUCAAGAACUUGCUCAUUACUUUGUGUACUGUAAUUUUUUCAUUAUUAAUUGUUGGCUCCACAUGUGAAAAAACGGAGGUAGACGUGUGGGAGCAGUAGAGUAAUAGUUACUAAAAAUGUAGGGUAAUAGGUAAUUAAGGAGAAGAAACAGGGUCCAACAGGACUGGCAAUUAGACCUGCUGUAUAGUUUCCCUUCUGAGUCAUGUAUGGUGUGCAGACCUUCACUUGCUACCCCACUUGCUCUUCCACAUCACUAAUCCCACUUCCCCUUAAAGCAGGCAUAGGCAAACUCAGCCCUCCAGAUGUUUUGGGACUACAACUCCCAUCAUCCCUAACCACUGGUCCUAUCAGCUAGGGAUGAUGGGAGUUGUAGUCCAAAAACAUCUGGAGAGCCAAGUUUGCCUAUGCCUGCCCUAAAGCUUGCCAUACCCACUCACCUGUCCCCUUUGCACUUGCCAAACCACUUCUCUCCUCUUGGAGCUGUUCCUCCGUAGCCCUCCCUCUCCACAUUGCCUUUUCCUUACCCUCCAAUGCUGCUGCGAUGGCCCAGCAACUCUUAGAAGGCUGUUGUCACUUGUCAGCACCUCCUGUUGGCAGCCAAGCAAACUGCUGUGUGAUGACAGCUUUACCUUUAUAUACCAUAAUUUUUGCUCUAUAAGACUUACUUUUUCUCUCCUAAAAAGUAAGGGGAAAUGUGUGUGCAUCUUAUGGAGCGAAUGCAGGCUGCACAGCUAUCCCAGAAGCCAGAACAGCAAGAGGUAUUGCUGCUUUCACUGCACAGCGAUCCCUCUUGCUGUUCUGGCUUCUGAGAUUCAGAAUUUUUUUCUUUCUUAUUUUCCUCCUCCAAAAACUAGGUGCAUCUUGUGGUCUGGUGCGUCUUAUAGAGCAAAAAAUACGGUACACACAUACAGCAUUUUUACUGCUCACAGUCUAGAAGCAGAGUUCCAGUUUGAAACAAAACAGUAAAAAACUGUAUGCUGCUAAAUUACCCACAUCAGGAAGCCACUGAUCUUUUACUACUCUGGUUUUCUUGGCCCUGAAAACUCUAAUGGAAAUUGUGGAGUAACCAGCCUCUUAACACCAACAUUCUUAAGUCUAAUUAAUGCAUGAAGGAGUUAAAACCAUUGAGUAAGCUGUCCUGGCAGGCUUAGCUCACCUUGGGAGGGACUAGGUAGUCAAGACUUUGUUUCCCUAGUCUACUUGAGAAGCUCAACCACAUGGCUCUCAAUAAUUUAGGAACUUUCAACACUGUAACUAAGCCAGGUUUCACUGCCUGUGCAACUUUUUCUGAAUGCUGUAUGGAAAAGCACAUGAAUCAGACCUUUGGAGAGUUUUUAGGGAAACAUUUUUUUACUUGUGUGAUCUUUUUCUGUGUGGGGGGAAGAGGAAAACUUUGGAAGGAACUCACAAGGGCAUAUUUUAAAGGUCUGAAAGCCUAUAUUUCCACACUUUACUUUGCUGCAUAUUUUGUGAUUUUAAAUCUCUGCUGGGGUUUCCUCACUCAAGAGUACUUGCCCCAAACUUGGUUUUUUUACACCCAGGAAUUCUCCUUUUAUACCUAUUUUUUCACAGAAAUUUCACAGCUAGUGGCUUUUCUAUCCUUUUUCAGUCACCCAAUAAUUGUUAUUCUGUUUCCUGCCUCCUCCUCCUCCUUUUCUCUAUUAAAUCCCACCCUACUUGGAUAUAGAAAACCAAAAAACUAGCCAAUACUUAAAAACAUCUCAUUUGUAUUCACCACUGAGGCUUGUGAGGAAAAAAAUCUUAGCAUUUAAAAAAAAACAACUAAGUUUCUUAGCUUGAACCUUGGUGAAGACUCUUGUGGUUGCUGGUUACUUCCCCCACCCCCACCAUCAGUAUACUGUAUGUAAUAUACCCAGAUUUCAGGCCUUGCUUGGGAAGUCCUACUUAGAGGACUCCAGCAUUUGCCGAAAUAGGCAUGCAUAAUUUAAAAAAAUAAAUAAAACAACCCAUUGCCACUAAAAUUGCAACUAGUUCUUUGAAAUUGCAUUAAUGAAUAGGAACUUCCUGUUGCAAUGAUUUAGAACAGGAAUGGGGAACAUAUGGCCCUCCAGAUGUUGUCCCUAUUUUCCAGUGACAGUCCCGAAUUUAAAGAAGCUGUCCUGGUUUCUGAUUUGAUUCUGGAAUGUCCUGUUUUUCCUUAGGAUUUUCACUGGAUAAAUGUUGGAGAGUAUGGAGCUAUCUGACCCCUGUUUUAUUAUGUUUUUAUAUAUGUUGGAAUCCACCCAGAGUGGCUGGGACAACCCAGUCAGAUGGGUAGCGUAUAAAUAGUAAAAUUAUUAUUAUUGUGGAAUAGGAUGUCCCUAUUUUCAUCAGUAUGCUCCUGUCAGCACUGUAAUAUAUAUGCUCUAUCAACUGAAUAUCUGCCAUGUGCCCACUCCGCUUAAGAGAAACAGCUAUGACUCCAUCCCCCUCCCCUAAAGCUGAGCACUGUAGCUGUUAUUUCUACAGUCAUAUACAGCACUGAUUGUGAUCUAUGGCACAGGACAGUACCUGGAGUAACUUAAAAGCUAACAGUUCCUUUUCUUGGGCAGAAGCCAUUGACAAAUGGCAAGAGGUUUAUCAAACAAACGAAAAGGGCCAGGUGGCAAUCCUAUUCUUCAUUUCUCUUUUAAUUAACUCAUCUUAAUAGAAGCACACUAAUUACAUGGAGGCGUCCUGCCUUCACAGGGACUGUAGAAGUGAAGUGAAGGUUGCAGACAAUGAUAUGGUUUUCUGGCAGGUGAGCAUGGUUCUGUAGUCAUAGACAACAAACCAGCACAUCCUGUGCUUUCUGAAACCUUUUCUCUUUGCAUGCCAGCUGCCUUAAUUAUUGUGUGACUCUGUCCUAAAAUAAACUCUUUAAGUAGUCCUGAUUUUCAUAGUAGUCCUGCAUUAAACUUGUGUUCAUCUUUAGCAAGCACUCCUGGGCAAACCUUUUGUGUACCAGUAUAUCCUAAGAGCAGUGCAGUACUAAUUUUGAGAAAUUGCCUUCUUUUAUCCUUUCACACACCGUUUGUGUUAGUAGUUUAGUGUAAAAAAAUAUGAGAUGCCAUAGCUGUCAACUUUUCCCUUUUCUUGCGAGGAAUCCUAUUCGGAAUAAGGUAAUUUCCCUUUAAAAAAGGGAAACGUUGACAGCUAUGUGAGAUGAGCCUAUAUCAGGGAAGGUUUCUCACACAGUGGUAGAAUGAAUGCAGAGUUUAAUGUGCCCAAUAAACUGAAGCUCAUUCCUGGCAAUAUGGGUGAAUGGUUCUAACAUGAGGAGGAUUACAUUCAACCAGUUCUGGAUGAGGUUGCACUUUUCUUGAAAGAGAAGGGGUUGUAUCCAAUGAAACCAUCUCAACCUGCACAAUGGUAUUUACUCACCCUUUCCUCUCCCCAUAGGCUCACUGCCUCCCCACCUCCAGUUUGCUCUGGAGGAAUUGGGGGCUGGGGAGGCUGUCCACAGUUAGUUCUCAGGUGAUGCAUGGCUUUUUCCUAAUGUCUGAUCUGGCAUGGGUCUCAAAGAUGUUCUUUAUCUAAAAAAAGAGAGCAUAAUAUAUUGAGUGACUGUGUGUGGAUCAGAUAGUCAACUGAUGCUGUGUAGUUAGAUUUUGACAAUCUGAAUUCUAUACUACUGAAUUUGGAACACCUGUUCUGUAGCUUUCUUUAAAAGAAAAAAAUCCUAAUCAAACCUUUUUUUUUUUUUAGUAGAUAGGCCAUUUUUUAGCACAAGGCUACACUAUUCAUACAAAUGUUUUCUAAUAUGUGAUGCACUAAAUCCUAUAAUUAACAUACUUGGGUUUGAAGUUCAAAUGAUAUAAUAUAAUAUAUUCAGUAAUAUCAGGAAAUGGACUCGAUUGCACUCAUUAUCUUGUUGCACAUUGAGCCUAACUAAACAGUCACUCAAGAUAUGAAUUCGUUUUGCUUUAAGAAGAAUUAAAACAAAUGGGGAUAAGUGGGUUUGAUGGGUACAAAUAUAUCCCUGCUACAUUUGAGUGGUAAAUAGCUCUAUGUAGUAUUCUGUUUGGAGGUAUAAAAAAAACCCUAUGUAUCACUUUUGGCUUCUACCCUAACCCUCAAAGAAGUCCUCCAGUUAGCACUGCAGUGAGAAUCAGUUUGGGGUCAACCACAAUUGUCUUCUAAGGCUAUCCUGGCACUGAUGUGGGAUAAGAAAGAGCAGAGCAGCAUGACUGACUGAUUAGGUCAGCUUUAUUCCAAUCUGCUAUUGUUUUUAAAUGAUGUGUUCCAAGUGUUGCCAGUUUUCCAUACGAAUGAAAUGCACACAGUCCUGCCUUGCUGGAAUAUAGAUUGGCAAAUCAUAGUCUUGGAAAUGCUUGCCAGCAUUCUUAAUUGUUCAGGCAACUCACAGUAUUUGUUUCAUGGCACAUACACAUUCUAUGUGUCUGAAUAUUUCAAAGAAAGACUACAUUUCUAGAUGGAUAUAGAUAUAUUCCCUUUCAGUUUGAAAAUUGCCCCAGAGGUCCAGUUCUCUCUCUCUCACACACACACACACACACACACACACACCACUCCCCCAAGACAGCUAAGGCUGUACAUAGAAACUCAUAAGCAAUUGGAGCCACUACGCUUUGGAAAUGAUACUUGAUACUUCAGAAAUGUGUUCCCCUCCAGAACUGAUUAUGGGGGUGGGGUGGGGGGCAGGUCAACAAGCUCUGUAUGUUUUGUAAAAGUGGUAUGCACAGCACCAAGAGGUUAGUGGAUAGUUGUGCACAGCAAUGAUUGUCUAGAUCAGGGUGGUACAAAUUUUUAUACCAAGUGGACCACAAGAGUAUUUUGACAAGGAGUCUGCGUGCCACAUACAGCCUUGUUGUGCUGGGGAGGGGGAGGAAAUGAGCCCAAAAUUUUAUGCCCUUGUACUACCUUCCCAAAGUUGGCUAAACAACUGCUUUGGGAAGGAGGCACAAGGCUCUGACAGGGUCCUAGAGCCCUCCCAUUUCUUUCCCAAAGCUAGGAAAGCACUAAUUAGGCUUUGGGAAGGAGGAAGGAGGACUCUGGGACCCUGUCAGAGUCCUUACGCCUCCUUCCCAAAGUCUAGCACCUCCCUUAUUUAGCUUUGGGAAAGCAGUGCAAGGGAGUGGCUCAAACAUUGCUGAGGGCCACCAGAAAAGGCAUUGAGGGCCACAUGAGUCCCAUGGGCCGUGCGUUGGACCACCCUGGUCUAGAUGCUGUAGUCCCCCUUUCCGUCUCCCUCUGAAUCAGUUUUACAAUGGCAUAUAAAUGGGUUGUGCUUUUAAAAACUAAAAAUAAAAAUGUGCCAUUUGGAACUUUCCCCUUAAGCCACACCAAUGGGGUGUGUGUGCGUGGAGGGGGUUAUCAUGGCAAGGGAAGAAAAUUAUAAUUCAUCUCAUGCUGUGCUCCCAAUAACCCCCCCUUCCCUUACACACAGCUGUAAUUAAUUACAGAAAAUGAGGAGGCAUAACUGCAUGCUAUUCAUUAACCAUAACAUGUAGUGUGAACCUAAGAUUCUGCUGGAAUAAUACAGUCAGAGCUGGGAAUGAUCAAAAGGCAUCGGCAUGGCACAACUGAGUUGCAGAUUAAGCCCACAGUAUGUACUGAGUUGGGAACUGAAUCUUAUGACUUGCCUAAUAUGUAUUAAAUUUUAAGAAUUUCUAAUCUUGUAGAAUUCUGGGAGCAGAACAUUUCAUAACAAAAAAGUACACAUUUGCAAAAUACGGUAUGAAAAACAUGCAAUCUGAGUAACUGGGAGAUCUAAUGUUUGUGUUCUGUAGGUUUCAAAUCCAUUAAAAAAAAGGAUUCUGCCUGUUUUCCUUUGACAAAUUUGAAAUGUGUGCUUCAGCUGCUACAGGAAUAAGCAGGCAGUUCUAAGUCAAACAUACGAAACUUGGCUAAUAGCAACACUCCAGCUUGGGAUAUGGACAGAAAUAAUCUCAUCUCUCUUUCUGGCCUCAGUGCCAAUGAGGGGUCCCUGGCAAAACAUUUCAGAUGAGCAACAGCUAAAGCUGUCAGGCAGAACAGUCCAAACGGAGAAUCUGUUGCGCUGGAGGGCUUUGGAUGAAGCAGAGGUGUUUUGCUAGCCUCUGUAUAAUUGCAGGAGGGAAGCCCGCUGGCGAGCACCUCAGUGUACUCACCCAAAUAGCUGGUGAGUGAAAGCUACCACCAGUAGUAUCCCUGCUGGCAGUAGCCAGCAGAGAACCCCAAAAUGGGUGUUUCAGGGUGGGAAGCAGGGCUGGCACAAUAUCUAUGAGAACCCUACUGUUGUCAUGUGACAGCACAGAGUCCAAUUUGGUCCUCCUUACCAUGCCAGCCUGCAACUUGGUCAGUAGAGGGGCAUUUUAACCCUUUCCAUUCCCUUCUCCACCUCCCAUCCUGGCUGGCACGAGCGCUGGGGCUGUAAAUGUGACACUGCCUGCAGCGCUCCAUUAAGCUCUGCUGCUGCUGCUAGAGGUGUGGGAUUAAUUGUCCUCCUGUGAUACUGUGGGUCUUCAAGAGGCGAGUUUGGGAAUGUUUUUCUUGCAGGAUUGGAAAAUAUUCAGGCUCUGGCCAGCAAACCCAAUAGCUCUUCCCCUGUCCCCCAUUUAUACAAUAUUCACUCUUUAUGGAUAGAUUCUAUAAAGUCCUUUGGACAGAAAUUGAGAGGCUGUCAAUUUCACCAGCCCAUGUAUAGUUAUCCUACAAAAUCCAGAGCUGCAGAUGAACCACACAAUCUUUUUAGUUCCUGACAGAUGCUGGAAUUUCCCCCCUGGGGUGGUGGGGGUGUCAUCCAAUGCUGACUUCCUCUGCAUUUUGAUAUCAGUCUCCAAAAGGUCAUGCAAUACAUCGGCCAAGGUGUUGGAUACACUCUGAGAUCAGUCCAUCACAAUUGCCAGAUUGGCGACAAGUUUUCCAUUGAUGGAGCAUUCUUUUUAUCUUGGCAUGUCUAACAGCAAUUUUCUCUGGUCCAUGCAUGUAUCUGUCCCCAGCCCUUGCAGGGUAAUCUUCCCCCCUUUCCUCGCAACCUGAAUUAUACAGGACUAGGUAAAGAAAAACCAGAUUCUGCCACUAAAGCUUUUUUAAAAAUAAUAUUUAUUACUUUUCCAACAAUUUAAACACAUAAAAAAAGAAAAAGAAAAGAGAACAAUGCAAUACAGUACAAAAACACUACAUAACACAUUAAACUGACAAAACAAAACAAAAACAGUUUUUAAAAAAUCAAACAAUUUCAAUAUCUUAUCUUUCAUUCACUUAUUUCCGUGACCUCCUCACACCUCCCUUUUUGUAUUCCACUUCUGUUGAUUGUUUCAGCAAUUCCUUUCCAUCUUCCUCUGCUUUCUAUCCUUUAAUUGUCUUAACAGAUUCUAGCCUUAUUUUUCCCUUUGAUACUCUAUUAAUCUAUUUAUACUUAAUUCCUUAUAACAUUUCUACUAAAGCCAUAUAACUUCAUUCCAACAUUUUUCUAACAUUCAUUAAUUUUACAAUAUUUCUGUAAAUAGUAUUUAAACUUUUUCCAGUCUUCUUCCACCGACUCUUCUCCCUGGUCUCGGAUUCUGCCAGUCAUUUCCGCCAAUUCCAUAUAGUCCAUCAACUUCAUCUGCCAUUCUUCCCGAGUGGGUAAAUCUUGUGUCUUCCAAUACUUUCGCAAUGAGUAUUCUUGCUGCUGUUGUUGCAUACAUAAAAAAAGUUGUAUCCUUCUUUGACACCAAUUGGCCAACCAUGCCCAGGAGAAAGGCCUCUGGUUUCUUCAGAAAGGUAUAUUUAAAUACCUUUUUCAUUUCGUUAUAGAUCAUCUCCCAGAGUUUCUUAAUCCUUGGGCAUGUCCACCAAACGUGAAAGAAUGUACCUUCAGUCUCAUUACAUUUCCAACAUUUAUUGUCGGGCAAAUGAUAAAUUUUUGCAAGCUUGACUGGUGUCAUGUACCACCUAUAAAUCAUUUUCAUUAAAUUUUCUCUUAGGACAUUACAUGCCGUGAAUUUUAUACCUGUGGUCCAUAACUGUUCCCAGUCAGCCAUCAUUAUGUUAUGUCCAACAUCUUGUGCCCAUUUAAUCAUAGCUGAUUUCACCAUUUCAUCCUGAGUAUUCCAUUUCAACAGCAAGUUAUACAUUCUUGACAGAUUCUUGCCACUAAAGCUAACCAUGCCCAGGUGCAGAGGAAAAUCUUAAAAUGCUGGUGCUGAAUAGAAUUCAAUGCUAGCUCCAGGUGGGCCUGGCUUGAGAAAGCCCAUGGGUGGACGGGACAACCAAAAAGGCCCUUUCCCUAAACCUAAACCUACCCGUUUCUUCCAGGGGGAGCACACUAAAGAUGACUUCAGUUAACAUGUGUAGAGUCUGGAUAUCUUCUUGUUGGGAAAGGCAGUCAGUAAGGUACUGUGAUCCAUUCUUGACACAGUGCAUAAACUAUGGCUGAAGUAGCCCGUGAGGUACUCUUCAGCUUCUGUUAGCAUGACAAGUGGAAAGGGAUGAUGGAAGUUGUACUCCAACAUCUGGAGUGCACCACAUUGGCUAACUAGAAGCUGCAGUAGGCUGCCAACCUAGCUUACUUUAAAAAGGGAUUAGACAAAUUCAUGGAGGAUAGGGCUGUCAACAACUAGUCAUGAUGGCUGUGUGUCUAAUACUUCAAAUAUGGCAGUUGUUGGGCACAUGAGUGGGAGCGUGGCUGUUGCACUCAUGUCAUGUGUGCAGGCAUCUCAUAAGCAUCUUGUUGGCCAAUGUGAGAGCAGGAUGCUGGACCAGAUACGCCUAUGGUCUGAUCCAGCAGAGUUCUGCUUAGGUUUUUAUGACCUGCUUAUGUGUAAUACAUUUCACUUGGCAGCUUUCAUAUUUCCUGUGUUUAAUUAAAAUACUGUACUCAUGUUUGGGUUUUUGCUGAUAUCCCUCUUUUACAUAGUAAUUUUCAUGUACAUAUUAUUCAGAAACCAAUCCAAGGCUCAAACUGCUGGUGCACACGCAACAUAUUUUACUUCCUUCCUUAGUACUUGAGUUGCACUGCUUCUGUAUGGCAACCUUUACUUGAAUGCUAUUUUAAUACUUUUUUCUUGAGAGCCACGCCACUUUUUGUAGAACACAAUAUACAAAUAAGGGAAGACAGUGACAUGCUUGUUUGUUCUAGAGGUAUUUCUUGAAUAGGGCUACCAUGUUCUGCUUCGAAAAAAGGCAUGUGGGCUUUGGAAUUGAGAAGUCGCAAUGGCCAACCAGAUGCUCAUAUGAAGCCAGAAAAGGAGGACAUGAUUCUAGCCUUGUCCUCCAUGAAUUUGUCUAACCCUCUUUUAAAGCCAUCCAAGCUGAUGGCCAUCACUGCCUCCUGUGGGAAGGAAUUCCAUAGUUUAACUAUGUGAUAGUAUGUGACAAUAGUAGGUAUGGUGUUUGCCCUCCUAGGUGUGUGACCUCAUACUGGGUUCAUAGGGAAAGGGUUAACUAAUUGUAAAAUGACUAACCAAUGGGAACCCAGGGGGCAGAGUUUACUGCGUAUAAGGUUUAAGCACAGAGGGGGUUUUAGGGAGUUAGAGUUGUUGAGAAGACAGUCUGGAGUUAGGAGAGACGGAGAAGAUAAGUCUGUGGGUUGGGCUAGUCUGGUGUGAGAGAGUGAGAGACUUUGUUAAGAGGAGUCAGUCAAACAGUUGAGAUAAUCAGCCAGGAGGUAUUAGGAAGGUAUAGGCCAGUAAGGAAACUAAAGUUAAGAUACUGACAGGAAUAUUAUCUGAGAAACCAUAAACUUGUUAAUGUUUGUAAAAUAAACCUUUUUUUUUGGUUCACUUUUAACAAAUGAGUGGACUCAGUGUUUUACCAGAAAGUAACUGGUUGGUGGCAGCGGGAGAGCAAGCACAGUGGUGGCACAGAGAUCAGUAGACCGUUAAACGUCCGGGGACCCUGUGUGAUCGCCACAGUAGGCUUUUCUGCUUGAACAGGGAAGUCAUUCAAUCUGUUCAUGGCCACAAACUUCCCAUAGGCAUUUUGUCAGCCUGUGUGGGGAACAGGAUUCUAGACUAGAGACAUCUUUGGUCUGAUCCAGCAGUGCUCUUACUGUGUUGUUAUGGAUCCCUUUAAACGUUCAGGGUAAUAAGCUUUUUCGGGCAGCAUCCUUGUUGUGCAGCUUCAUCACCUAGUGUCUAUAUUCCGUAAGAGGGGAAUGGUUUUGAAUCGGCAAAUGACAGGAAGGAAAUUCUGCCCCCCCUCCCCUUUUCUCCAUUUCUAAUUGUGGCCUCCAGCUGCUACUGUUCAUUUUUUUUUAAAAAAAAGAGUUGGGGGAAAGUUGCACGAUGAGAGAGAGUGACACAAGCAAAGGCAUUCCAAAGCUUUGUGGUGCUGUGGGAAAUAAUAAUGAACUGCCUCAUAGAGUUGUCAUAGAAUUGUAGAGUUGGAAGGAACCAUGAGGGUCAUCUAGUCCAACCCCUUGGAAUGCAGGAAUCCUUUGGCCCAACGUGGGGCUCAAAUCCACAACCUUUAGAACAUGCUCUACUGACUGUGCCUCAGGCAAAUAAAUUGCUAACUGGAAAGUAAAGCAGUUCACCCCUCCACUCAGAAUGCAAAAUAUUCCUUAAAGCUUGCAUCAUAAAGACCACAUUCAAAUUGCCACUAAAGUCAGAUGAAAAAGUGUUAUUUUAUUUGUUUAAACAUGUGUAAAUGUGCUUGAAUACUUUUUUAAGUUCUGAAAGAUAAUAAUUUUGGCUUUGUUUAUUGGGUGAACACAAUCACCUGGCUAUGGGUUAUUUUUUUGUUUGUUUUUAGUAUCUAAUAUGGCAAAAGAGCUGGAGCCUAGUGUUGUAUGUAAUUUCUUUAAAAGGUGCUGUGAAACUCUAUAGCUCUAUUUGUAAAAUAACCCCCCCUUUUCAAACUGGUCAGUGGGGACAUUAUAGGCACACUCUCAGGUUAACAGGCUUGAGUGUUCCUUUGCCGUUACCCUUUCAUGUUCAUAAUACAUUAUGGCAUCCGUGUGACAAGGUGCUUUUAAGCAUGACACUGGGCUAUUUAGUUUUACAGACCUGUGAAGUUCUGCAUUUUUCUGAUACUUUUGCUUUGCUCAUCCAGUCAUCAGUGUGUGGUGCAACCUGUAGCCUAGACACUUAGAUGCUAAGUGAAAGAGUUUUUGUUCAGCUACAUCUGCAUCUGGAAAGUGAUGCUUCGAUACAGACCUUUGACUUUUCCAGGUGUAAGGCCUUUAUUAACUAUAAGAACAUAGGAAACUGCCUAAUUCUGACUCAAACUGUUGGUCCAUAUCGCACAACAUUGUCUAUAAUGACUGACAGUAGCUCUCUAGGGUUUCAGGUAGGAAACAUUCCCAGACCUACCUCGAGAUGCUAGCAGUUGAACCUGACAUCUUCUGAAUGUCAGGCAGAUGAUCUACCACUGACCUAUGUCAUUUCCCCCAGUGAGUAACUAGUUAGAGGCAAUGUAGGUACUCAACCUUUCACCCUUUUGUGACUGUUAUCAUCACCAUUCCACAAUGGAAAUUGUUUAUUUCUCUUUCACAUAUCCAUACUCAUUAGUCAUCUCAUCCAACAAUGAGUUGGUCAGCCAGGGCCCUGUUGCUUAAGAGACAAAGAAACGGAACACUGUGUAACAUUACUGCUGAGUAGGAGUGGCUCACUUUGUUUACUCUACUUAGUAUAUACAGGUGUUGGUUUCUGAGACUGAAAGUGCAUAUGGAAGGGAAGAUACUUCAUGUUGACCUUGGAGAGGGUAUGCACCUGUUUUGAGUAUGGUUAGCUGGUCUAAGGGAAAGAUACGUAGCUUAUGUUCUAUGUAUGGGUAGGGAUGUUGCUGGGCUGAACUCUCAUCAUUCCUGACCACUCACCAUGUUGACUGGGGCUGAUGGUAAUUGGUGUCAAACAAUAUCUGGAAGUCUACAGGUUCCGCACACCCAUCUAAUUGGCUAUAAAGUAAGAAGUUUGCCCCAAUUUGUACCCCCCCCAUUAGAUUAAGUUGCAAUGUGAUUCUGUGAUUAUCUAAUGGGUCUAAUAUGCGAUGAAUCACACCAGAUCUGUUUGCUGAAUAUAUUUCUUUAGAUAUCUGCUCAAAGGAUCGUCUUUGUUUUUCUUCUCCCCCUGGGUAUAAUACUGUGUUCAGAGGAAUGUUUUCUUUGAAUGGUAGCCCUUCUGGGAAGAAAAACAAAAUCUUGUAUAACUUUUUCAAGCAUGAGAUUAGUCAGAGAUAAUCAGAAAGCAACUUGUUUAAGGGAGCUUCCAGACUGUCAGUGCUUUGCAGGAGUGAUUCAAGUGCAUACUGACCUGGAGUGUUAGUUUUUUCUCGUUUGAAGCGGGAUAAAGUGCUCUGUUGCCCUAGUGCAAUAAAUUCACUUUAAAAAUUGACCUUUUUUGGUUAAGAAAGUGAUAAGGAAAUGCACUGAAAAAUGUGAGAUGGACAAAUGGCUGACGUGUAAUCACACCACAAACAAAUCAGGAUGAAUGUAGGUUGAACAUUCAUUGUCAUAUAGCCACCCCAUAAAAAUUUCAGAAUGAAUGCUCAGUAAAGAUUGGACAUAGUCUAACCACCACAUAAACUAUGUGCAAGCAAAUUAGGAUGAAUACUGAAUAAACAGGUUGCCUGGAAGGAGCCCUAAGCAAAACCAGGUUAGCAGCAACAUUGUUUAGAAGUAAGAUAUAAGUAACUUGUGCAGUUGUUUAGCUGAGAAGGAAUCAAUGAGUUGUUGGUCAAACAAAGUCCAGGUCCAGCCUCUCUCCUUAGAUCAGCUGUCCCAAAGCUAUGCUUUAGUUUAGGAGAGACGAUUGCUAAGCAGCUCUGCUUGCCAUCAUUUGGAGCUGCUUCCAGGCAAAGACAACUCUAAUUGAUCUAUGCAUAACUGUGAAAUUCAUUGGAGGCUUCUGAAUUGGCUCCUAAGGGGACAUCUCUGCAAUCAGGUUCCUGCUUCAGCUAUGUUGGAACAAUGGUUUAGAAGAUGGCUCCUGUUUAAAGAUUAGCAACACCAUGCUGGCUUACUCUGAGCAGCUUCUCCCUACUGAUUGCAAAUACAACUUUGCAGGUUGGAUACAUAUCCGGUUGUAUUAAUCCCUGCAAGUUCACUUAUUUUUCCUGGUUAGUUUAUGGACAAUUCUGUGUUGUCUUUGUAUCUCAGGUUGCAACACAGGAGCCAACUCCUAGGGGCCAAGGUAGCUUCACACACACCCUAAAAUAUUUGAGGAGGGCACCGCCUGCAAAGUUAAUAGGCAUCGCCAUUCAAACGGUAUGCAUGUGAUAGAUUAUUCAGGGUGGGGCUUACCUGCCCUCCACCAUAUUUUAUUCAAGUUGGAACCCCUGGGUUGCUACAUUCUUUGCAUUUUAAUCCAUGGUCCAUUGCCUACCAUGUAGUCAUAAUGGUGUUUCGUUUUGUGUAAUUGAAUUUUCUCCAGACUCUGACAAAUUUGAAGAAUCUUGACAUUCCACAGCAGCUGUGGUGCAAGGUGGAUAUGUAUGUCACAGGGACAGGGAAUCCUUUUAAGCCUGAGGGCUAUCAUUUCCUUGUGGAUAACCUUCUGGAGGCCAGCAGAAAAAAUGAGCAGAGCAACAUAUGUGAUUCUUACCUUUGUAUAGUAGGGUACAAUCUAUACAAGCAAAAGUCAGAAUUUCCACAGGGAGGCAAGAGGCAUUAUGACAGUUCAAUGACACAUUCUAGUCAGUCAAACUCACUCAAGAAAGAUGUGAAGCAGGACAAGUGAGGGGGUAUGAUGACCUGGCAAGGCGGCAUGGCCUGCAGAGAGUCCUGAGGGCCGUAUAAAGAGGUCUGGAGAGCCUGAGCUUCCCCACACUUGAUAAGUCAGCUCAAUUGAAUUUAGUACUGCGUGAUUGUUUCUGUUCCUAUUCAAUUCUGAAUUAGGGGGAGCUGUGCUUGGUCUUUUGCAGUGAAUUCCAAAGUACUGUCUAUUCGAGAGUUGUAGUUAGACGCCUUGAUGUUAUUUUUAGAUUUUUUUCUUUUUUGUUCUUGCCUACACCCACCUUCCAACUAACUUAAAUUGCAUCCUGCCUGCAACAUAUAUAAACAUUUUAUUGGGAGGGGGGGCCAGAAAGUGGAGUGAUGUAACAUCAAGAAAACAAGUAAAAAGAGAGUGGGGGAAAUCUGCUAUUGAUUUUCGCAUGAGAUGGAGAUGGGAGUCUUUAUAUGCAAAACUGCCUUCCGUAUAUGGUAUUCCUGUACCAUAAGAGAAAAACUGUGAGAAUACUUUUGGACUGGACAGCUAGGCACUCCCUUCGCCAUCUUCACCUCACCUUUUAGGUGAUGAGCUCUGACAUCAGAAGGUCCCAGGCUCAAUCUCUGGCUUCUCUAGUUGAAGGGAUCUCUAGCAGCCGGGGCUAAGAGAGACCUCUGCCUAAGACCCUGAAGAGCCACUAGUCUUAGGUGAACUAAUGGUCUGAACUGGUAGGAGGCAGGUGUAUGUUAGUGUGGCAGUGGAACACAAGAUUCUACUGCUUCUUCUUUUUUAACCCUUGAGAUCAGUGGUUCCCAAACCAUUUUUUCCCAUGGACAUUUUGAGAUAUAGCUUUCUAGAGCAAAAAUAGUCAAGUGUUGUCCAUUGAGUCUCUGAGAUAAUGGCAGCAUGUUGUACCUGGGCAAGGUUCUGUCUUACAGGAGCGUUAUAGGGUUUUGUGCAUGAGUUAGGUUGCCACCAUGUCUCCUGGGACAGAAGAAGAAUUGUUUUUAAAACUUGAGCUCAUAAAGAAAGGUGCAGACAGGCCUGCAAAUUUUCAAAAUACUAGCAGGAAGAUUUUCAGGUUACCCUGUCCUAGAGAUUCCUAGACCUUUAUUUGUUUUAAGAGUGCAACCCCGCCCUGCAUAUUUAACAAACAGCAAGCCAGUUUAUAAAAAUAUUUAGAAAUACAAAAGGCCUAAUAGUGUUUGUUUCUUGUUGCAGUAUAAUUAUUGGGUCAGAUAAUAUAAGUAUUAGAAUAAUACAGAUGAUGUUCUUAAAAGUGCUUGAAAGUUCAUUUUGUUUUCAUAUUGCCAAUAUUAGAUCUAAAAUGCCACUGCCUUAAUUCACUUUGCAAACCUUGGCACGCUUAUGCUGGCUAUUGCAAGAAGCACUUCUGUGGUUUAUCAACUCAGUUUUGACUUGUUUUUGUUGAGUUUUGGUUGCUAACCACUAUUUAGGAAACAUAGUGUCAGAAAUAAAUUUUUUGUAACACCCAGUGUGCCAUAAUGGUUCUUAACUGUGGUAUGAUGUGUGUCAACCUUGGCAAGUAUUAGAAGAGGCUAUAUUUUUUGAACUAAGGACUGAAGAAUCAGCACCAUUUUUCAUAGCGGGAAAGAGGCACUGGCUUGCGAGGGUGAUAUGGGGGGGGGGGGGAGAUGUCUCUCGUGCGAUGUUGCAACGUCUAAUAUGUGAGCAUUGCUCCUUCCUUCCAAAGCCAGGCAGAAGCUUUCCAGGCUUUGGGAAGGUGGUGCCAAGCCUCUGAGAGGGUGGGCUUUGUGAAGGUGGCAUAAAGGCUCUUGGACCAUUUAAGGAACUUCCCUAACCCCCCUAGUCCACUGACCGCACACCACUGUUGGCUACACUCCUGUAUGACACAAAUCUUUGCUGUUCCCUGUUAUGCACGUCAGCAAUGGUUUUCCACAGUGCCGUCAACUUUUUAUACACCUCAGUGAUGUCUGAACUAAGGCAGCCAGCCAAAGUGCACAAAUAAAAAACGUUGUUUUUAAAGGGGGCAGAAGGGGAAAGAGCUCUUUCUGGAUGUCUUAUGCAGAAGAAAGCAGCUUUUGUGCUAUAUUGGGAGCCUUUUGUAUGGAGGUUAAAAUGAAAAGGGGGAAAUUUGGAGGCUAAAAUGAGCCUACAAACCCCCAGUCAGCUAUUCAUUUUUUAAAUACACUUUUAUAAUCUUUUAAAUAAUAAUAAUAAUAAUAAUAAACCACUCAUUCAUUCAAACAUGGAUUCUCCCAAAACAUCAGUGUAGUAUUUUCAAGGAAAAAACCAAUAAAAAUCAAUAUAAUAUCUGAGAGGUAAUACAUCAAAUAUAUUCAACCAGCUAAAACAAUACAGUAAAUAGCUUGGGCAAUUAAUUGGGUACCAAAAAGAAACAGUGAGACUACUUGUCUUACCGCCUUCAGGAGGGUAUUCCAAAGUCAAUCACUAAAAAGGCCCUGUCCUUCCUAACCACCUUUCCUAGAGAUAGAACUUGGAAAAGGGCCUAAUCUAAGGUCUUCAUGUGAGGGGCAGAUAGAUAUGGGGUGGGGGGAGGUGUUCAAGUGAUUUAAACCUUCAAAGGUACUUAAAAUACUUGGAACUGGGCUUGAGAAUAAAAUGACAUCCAAUGUACUGUAAUUCCUUCAGUAUAUUUGCUGCAUAGCUCCCAUCUAGACCAAGGUGGUCCAACUUUUCAUACCAAGGGGGCUGCAAGAUUACUUUGACACAGAACCUGUGGGCUGCAUACUUCCUUGUCAUGUGUGCACGCAUAGUGGUGGUGGUGGGAGAGCGAGCCCUACAUCCUAGUCCUCCUGCUGUAUUCCUAAAGCUGGCUGAGUGAGGCACUGGGCUUUGGGAAGGAGGUGUGAGGCCUCUGGCAGGGUCCUAGAACCCUCCCAUCACCUUCCUAAAGCUAGGAACUCUGGCAGCAGAAUUCCACACUAACUGCACUUCUUAACCAUUUUUAAGGGCGGCCCCACAUGGUCCUACUUGGAGGUUAACAAAGCAUGGAUUGCUGCAGCCAGGCUAUCCUAGUUGAAGGAAAGGCCCAGCUAACGAACCAGCAUAAGCUGGCUAAGGUCUCUAGUGACAAUACUGGAUCAAUAAGCAUCCCUAAGCUGCAUUUCUGCUCCUUCAAGAGGGAACACAAGCUCAUUCAGCACAUGCACAGCCCAUUUCUGAUCCCAGGAAUGAUCAAUUCACAGUGCAUUCAUCUUAUCAGGAUUCAUCUUUAGUUACUGGCCAGUUUUUGUUGUUGCUUAGUCAUUUAGUUGUGUCCGACUCUUCGUGACCCCAUGGACCAGAGCACGCCAGGCACUCCUGUCUUCCACUGCCUCCUGCAGUCUGGUCAAACUCAUGCUGGUAGCUUUGAGAACACUGUCCAACCAUCUCAUCCUCUGUCGUCCCCUUCUCCUUGUGCCCUCCAUCUUUCCCAACAUCAUGGUCUUUUCCAGGGAGUCUUCUCUUCUCAUGAGGUGGCCACAGUAUUGGAGCCUCAGCUUCAGGAUCUGUCCUUCCAGUGAGCACUCAGGGCUGAUUUCCUUCAGAAUGGAUAGGUUUGAUCUUCUUGCAGACCAUGGGACUCUCAAGAGUCUCCUCCAGCACCGUAAUUGAAAAGCAUCAAUUCUUCGACGAUCAGCCUUCUUUAUGGUCCAGCUCUCACUUCCAUACUGGCCAGUUACUGAGCCCAAACAGCAGUUUAGCACCUCCCAAUGCAUGGUGGUGACAAAAGUUCCCAUAAAUGCUCAUCUUUGAAAAUGUUGCUUGCUCAGUACUGUUUUCCGACUUUUUUUUUCUUUGUUUCUAAAGUAUUUGUAGUAACAGUAAAACUAAUAUAGUUUUCUUCCCAGAAAACCGAGGGGUUUAGUUAUAGAUAAUCUGAAUCUGGGUAUCCAAUUUGCGUCUUUUGAAAAAGGAGAGAUGAUGGCCGUUUGAGCUAUCACCCUUGGAAGCCAGCUCCUAUACCUUAAUGAGAAUCCACACAGCUUUUAUUACUUGGCCACAAAUAAUGGGCCUAAUGCUUGUUGGCUUUAAAACACCUAUGAGUAGCACUGCUUUCUCUCUCCUGCCUGUGCACUGUCUCCCUCUUGCAAAAUAUAAGACAAGGCCAAAGCUUAAAUUAAAAUCCUCAGGUUCUUAUCUCCUUCCCACAGGAAAGCAAAUCUGUGUUGAAAACCGUAAAAUUAAGAGGAGAGCAAGGAUAGCAUAAUUUAGCAAAAAUUCAUGGCAGAAGAUUCUGAGCCUAUAUGACUGGAGGGAUAGGUCAGACAUUAAGAUGAUACCACUUGCUAAAGCAGGCUCCUUAAGGUGGUGCUCUGAAAACAAGGGAAAGUAUGCAAGGGGGGGGGGAGGAAACACACAAAGAAAAAAAAUAUGACUCUGGCUUUGUGUUCGUUCGUUCUAAACUAGAAAGGCUUAUUAUACACAGACACUUCUCCUGCGCUGUAUUUUUAAAUAUGGGCCAACAAAUUCUGAUCAUAUUAGCAUUUGACUAAAUCUGGAUCAGUUUCCUCUUUCCUUAGCUCCCAAUAUUUUACAUUAUUUGAAGUUCUUUUUAAGCCGUAUCUGCAUUUUGAUCUGAACCCUCCCUUCCCUGUACAACCAUCCGUCGUGAUCUUAAAUUUAUGAGCAAAAAAAUAUUGCUUAAGGGGGAUCCAGUAGGAGUCUCGUAAAAAUACGCUAAGGUUUCUUUCUUGAUAGCAUAGUGCCCAUCUACAGAAAAAGAGAAAAUUAAACUACAGAACAUGGUGUAAUAAUGCAAAUGAGUCUCAAACAUUUCUGUGUUUUGCAUAGACUUAGCCUGUGGGGAGAAAAUUAGGAAUUAUUCUGGUAACUCCAGCAUUUUUUUCAGCUUGAGGGGAUUUCUGCAUGUAGUAGUGGGAUAUCUUGAUUUUUUUAUUUAAAAAAUGCUUUGCUAAUUUCUAGCAAAUACUGGAUACAGUUUUGUUACAUGAGCUUUGUUUUACCUUAACAUCCAGGGUAGCACUACUCUGAUAGAACUGACUAUGAUUCAGUAAUGUGGUGGUGGUGGUUUUUUAGCACACUUCCAUUAUUAUUCUUUUUGUUAGAUAUGAAAUAGACACCCCCUCGUCCCCACAGCAUUGUAGUAUCACUUUCAGAGUAACCUAACUUUGGGGUUACUUGCAAUUUGGGAGUGGGAUGGUCUAAAUGAAAAUGAAGCAGUAUUGGGAAUCUUCAUAUCUACCAUCAGAAUACACAGAUGAAAUUGUACUGCAUGACUUGAUAAAAUAUGAUGUCUGUGGAAGAAGAUGCACUUGAUGAGAUUGCAUUGAGAAGGGGACUUGCCUUGGAGAGUAGGUCUAUGAACGAUGGUGGUGGGCAGAUUAAAUGUAGAGAGGCAGUAGUGAAUAUUACUUUACCAGCGCUAUAGAAGUCUGCCUUUCAUUGUAUGUUAUCAAAAUAACAAUAAUAUACAUGUCUUUAACAAUUUUUUUAAAAAGCUUGGUACAGAUUAUCCUUAGGCACUGGAAACAUAAAAUAAGGUGAUGACAGACACCAGCACUGCAUCUGUAUCAAGGGUGGGAUACAUGUGACCACCCAGAUGUUUCUGUACUCUCAAUUCCCAUCCGCCCCAGCUAACAUGACCAUUAGCCAGGGAUGAUGGGAGUUGUAGUCCUGACAACAUUUGCCGGACUGCAGGCUCCCCACCCGGGAUCUCUAUGAAUGACUGCAGUGAGACUUAAACAUUCCCAUGUUUAAUGCUGAAAAUGUCAUGGCAGAGCCCAGAUAGAAAAUAACGGGUGCUCCAACCUGACGGUCACACUGUUUACACCAGUUGUUGUUUACUGCUAGAUCCCUGGCUGCAUCUCUGACAUUUUUACCAUAAUACAUCAAUUAAUACAUAUUCCCAAAGAGGUGGGCAGCUCCUCAUACCUGCCCUUUUGAACUGUAGUGGAUAAUAUGCCCAUCCUGCUGUUUGGUGGCUUCCCACCUCCCCCACAACCCGGUGAUGAGAAUAUUGCUGUGUGUGAAGCAGGCCUCUAUGCCUUCUGACCAAUCGCAACGAAUGCUGCCCCAGCAGCCAUUAGUUAUAGCUAGCACACCGUGCGUUUUCAGUCCCAGGUAGAUUGCAAAACCAGAAGGAAAGUCACCUUAAAAGGCUAGUGGAGUAAAUGUUGUGCGGAUCUGGGUGGAGUAAGGAGAUUGUGGAAAACUUGUCUAGUCCGGUGACCUGAAGGUGUGCUCUGUGUGUGUGGGGGGGUGUUGUUUAAACUGUCACCUUUAUGUACAUUUAACUGCUUGGUUAUUUAAAAGCUAGGCAGAUAAACAUGCUAAAAAAAAACCCUCACAAAAACGUGACAAGGCCUACUUAAAAUAAAAUUAAAAAUUGCUACCAAUGCUUUUUUGUUUUUUGUUUGCAGUCCAACAAAGUACCGGUGGUGCAGCCUUCCCAUGCGGUCCACCCUCUCACCCCACUUAUCACCUACAGUGAUGAGCACUUUUCUCCAGGGACGCAUCCAUCACACCUCCCCUCAGACGUCAACUCAAAACAAGGUGAGAGGCCUUAAUUUAUUUGCAGGCGUUCGGCAGAAUAACCAACCACGUUUUGCCCUUAGCUCAGGGAUGCUAAAGGCAACAGUUAUUCCGUCCUAAAAUAUAUCUUCAUCAAGGAGCCAAAUGCCUAGGUUUUCCUGGUUCGCUUUUGUGGAAAUAACCGCAAUUGAAGUCCUUGGCGCCCCCUGCCAUUUUACCAGUGUAGUACAUACAUUCUAAAUUACCAGUGCAUUAGGAGGUACUUUCCCCCAAUUGACUUCUGAUAGGUGAAAGGGGGAUGCUAUGAACCUUUCUUAAUGACUAACCAAAUUCUGUUUUAAAGUUUAGAUUAGGCUUCCUUUAGAGGAAACCAAGAGGCUGUUCAACCUGAAGCUUUCCCUUUCAUCCAGCUUUUUCAUCUGCAUUUGAAUAAAUAAUAGCCAUUUCUUACUUGGUCGGUUGGUUUUCUGAAAGUUUGGCUUGGACACUAAACUUAAUUACAGAUAUUACGACAGAAUUUUAAAUGCUGUUUAUGGUGUGCUUUCAGAAUAUGAAAGUGAUCUUGCAUUAUUAUGUGUGUAUUUGCUUUCGGUUACCAGAAUUUUUAGCUUUGCUUCGUAAUAAAAAUUUCAUAUGUGUGUGUGUGGUUUUUUCCUUUAAAGAAGAAUUCCCCAAGUUUUUCUUACAGUAAUGUAUGAAGUUUCUAAUGGAUAAAAAUGUAGAGGCUGUAUGUGCCUAGUUGAGUGGUAGAGCAUUUGCUUUGUGUCCAGAAGGUCUCAUUUUCAAUCUUCAACAUCUCCAGGUGGGGCCAGAAAGUUCCUCUGUACAAAACACUGAGCAGUCACAGCCAGCCACUGUAGACAGAAUUGAGCUGGACAGACCAAUGGACUGACUCAGUAUAAGGCAGCUUCUGUUGUUCCUGUAUUUUAUUGCCUAGACUGCUGGAGCGUAGUUGUUGCUCCUUUGAAUUUUGGAGUGCAAGAGACAGCUUAGCUGGCUUCAGUAGUGGCCACUGCAUUGAUAGGCCACUCUGCAAUCGUUGCUGGUGAUAUCUACUGUUCCAAUUGCUUAGAAUCUAGUAGAAUAUACAUAGGUUAGAGUGGUUGUGACAGUUUAGGCUUGGUAGACCAUGCUAUGUUCGACAGUGCCGUUUCUGAAAACAACUGAAAAAUCUAUGGUGAGAGGGAAGAAGGACCUAGAAAUAAGGUGCUGUUGGCUCUUUCGUGUCUCCUAGGCAAUGUUGUGUCCCAUGAUGUGGUCCUGUCCAAACAUGCCAUUUUGGAAAGAAGUGACCAACCACAUAAAUGUGGUUUUGGACAUAUCCCUGAUCCUCUCAGAUGUCGACAUGUUGCUGAAUUAUAUACCAACCCAUUGGAAUUUAACCAAACGGCAAUGAGAUUGGCUGUUGCAUGCACUCGCAGUGGCUAAAUGCUUAACUGGAAGGAAACUUCUUCUCUCCCUCCUCUCCAUCAUAGAAUGGACAGAAAAUAUGAUCCAACUGGCUGUUUAUCAGAAAGAGCCUUCUGUUAGCAGGAAAAUGAUGGGAAAAACUCAGUUAUAUGGACCCUCUACACAGACUUGUUUGCAUAAACAAUGGAUGCUGGGGAAGUUUGGGAUGAUAAUCUAAUUCUCUCUCCCCUCUCUUCACAUUGGUACAUAAUGAUUGCUCAUUGUAAACUUCUUUAAUUAUAAAUGUUCCUUGUAUUUGUGAAAUUUGUAUUUGUCCCCAUUCUAUAUAUAAUAAUAAUAAUAAAUUUUAUUUAUAUCCCGCCCUCCCCAGCCGAAGCUGGGCUCAGGGCGGCUAACAACAAUCAAAAUAAUCCAACAUUCUAAAAACAUUCAUUAUAAAAUUAAUUAAAAUCAAAUUAAAAUCAAAUUGAUGGCAACCAUUAAGCAAAAUUCUGUGCAGAUUGCCAGAGGAGGGGGUCAGGCUGCGCCCUGACCAAAGGCCUGGUGGAACAGCUCUGUCUUGCAGGCCCUGUGGAAAGAUGUCAGGUCCCGCGGGGCCCUCGUCUCUUGUGACAGAGCGUUCCACCAGAUUGGGGCCGCGGCCGAGAAACCCCUGGCUCUAGUUGAGGCCAGCCUAACCUCUCUGUGGCCUGGGAUCUUCAGGAUGUUUUUAUUUGCAGACUGUAAAUUUCUCUGUGGGACAUACCAGGAGAGACGGUCCCGUAGGUACGAGGGUCCUAGGGCUUUAAAGGUUAAAACAAGCACCUUGAACCUGAUCCUGUACUCCACCGGGAGCCAGUGCAGCUGGUAUAGUACCGGAUGAAUAUGAUCUCGCAGCGAAGACCCCAUAAGGAGUCUCGCCGCUGCAUUCUGCACCCGCUGGAGUUUCUGGGUCAGUCUCAAGGGUAGCCCCACGUAGAGCGAGUUACAAUAAUCCAGUCUGGAGGUGACCAUCGCGUGGAUCACAGUGGCUAGGUCAGGGCGAGAGAGAUAAGGAGCCAACUGCUUAGCUUGGCGGAGAUGAAAAGUGCCGCCUUUGUUAUAGCUGUAAUCUGCGCCUCCGUAGAGAGGGAGGUAUUGAAGAUUACACCCAAACUCUUAACGGAUGAUGCUGGCACUAAUUGCACCCCCACAAGAGAUGGGAGUUGCCCCCUCAAUCCCAUAUCGCCCCGUCCCAGCCAGAGGACCUCUGUCUUCGAGGGAUUUAACUUCAACCGGCUCCCACGUAACCAUCCAGCCACAGCUUCCAGACAUCUGGUCAGUGUGUCUGGAGCCGAGUCAGGAUGGCCAUCCAUCAACAGAUAGAGUUGGGUGUCAUCGGCAUACUGAUGGCAACCCAGCCCAAAACUCCGGACAAGCUGGGCGAGGGGGCGCAUAAAGAUGUUAAAAAGCAUUGGGGAGAGAAUCGCACCCUGAGGCACUCCACACACCAAGGAGUGGCGCGAUGACAAUUCCCCCCCAAGCGCCACCCUCUGUCCCCGACCAGAGAGAAACGAGUGCAGCCAUUGAAGGACUGUGCCCUGGAUCCCCACGUCGGCAAGGCGGUGGUCCAGGAGUUCGUGAUCGACCAUGUCGAAGGCUGCUGACAGGUCUAGAAGAAUCAGCAGCCCCGACCCGCCUCGAUCCAGCUGCCUGCGGAGAUCAUCUGUUAGGGCGACCAGAGCCGUCUCGGUCCCAUGACCGGACUGGAAGCCGGACUGGAAUGGAUCCAGAGCCGAUGUUUCAUCCAGAAACCUACCAAGCUGUUCAGCAACCGCUCUCUCAAUCACCUUACCCAGGAAUGGAAGAUUCGAAACCGGGAGGUAAUUGGAUAGAUCUAAGGGAUCUAAUGAUGUUUUCUUUAAGAGCGGACGCACCACAGCCUCCUUCAGUUCCCCUGGGAAUAUCCCGGUGCCAGGGACAAAUUGAUGAUAUCCCCCAGGGGGGCCCACACCUCGUCUGGACACGCUCCAAUCAGCCAAGAUGGGCACGGGUCAAGAGGACAGGUGGUGGGCUUUCCAGCUCGGAGGAGUCUGUCCACAUCGGCUGGGGAUAUCCGGUCAAAGUGGUCCAAUACUGGACCCGAGGACAGUCGAGGGGCCUCCAGUUCCUUUAUUGCAUCCAAAUUGGCAGGGAGGUCAUGAUGGAGCAACAGGACCUUCUCCGCAAAAAAGCUCGCAAAUGCCUCACAGUUGUGUGUCAAAUUGUUAUUUAAAUUUGGCUGUCCUUCAAGAGACGUUAAAGACCUAAUUAUACUAAAUAAUUGCGCCGGGCGAGAGCUAGCGGAGGCAAUGGAGGCUGAGAAGUAGGACUUCUUAGCGGCCUUCACUGCCAUCUCGUAGGUUUUCAUAAAAACCAUAUAAGAUGUUCUUGAGGCUCCGUCACGGGCACCUCGCCAUACUCGCUCUAGCCGUCUGAGGUCCCGCUUCAUUUUCUGAAGCUCCUCGGUAAACCAGGGAGCCCGGUUUCUGCGGGGUCGUAGAGGGCGCCUAGGUGCGAUCUCAUCGAUGGCUGCUAGGAGCUGGAUAUUCCAGCCCUCAACAAGCUCAGUCAAUGAGUCGCCAGGGGGAGCAAGGUCCCGCAAGGCCUGACGGAAUCUAUCAGGGUCCAUCAGCCUCUGCGGGCGAGCCCAAAUUGGCUCGCCACCUAAGCAGGGUGGGGGUGGAAAAUCAAUCCUGGCUUUCAGAGCGUAGUGAUCAGACCAUGGCACCUUCAUUGAAGGAGACAUGAUCACAUCUAUACCGGCGCCAAAGAUCAAAUCCAGCGUGUGGCCUGCUUGAUGUGUGGGGCCUGAAACAAACUGGGAGAGCCCUAGUGUCGCCAUGGAAGACGCCAGGUCCAUAGCCUGUGAGGAAGGAAUGGCAUCAGCAUGGAUGUUGAAGUCCCCCAAUACCAAUAGGUUAGGGAACUCCAAGGCCCAGCCGGCCACCGCCUCCAGCAGGCCUGACAGGGUGGCUGCUGGUGCGCUAGGUGGCCGGUACACCAGCCAGACAGCCAAGCUCACCUCGGAGCCCCACACUAGGCCAACACAUUCAAUGCCGGGGAUCGAUGGCGAUGGUAGAGCCCUGAAAGAACAAUCUUCCCAGAUUAAUAAUGCCACCCCUCCCCCCCGGCCCACAGUCCGCGACUGGUGGAGGACGGAGAAACCCGGGGGCACCAUCUCUCGUAAGGUAACAGUUUCCCCUUCACGCACCCAUGUUUCCGUCACACAAGCCAGGUCAACCCCCUGCGAGGUGAAGAAGUCUCGCAGGGUGGCGGUUUUGUUGCCUAUAGACCUGGCAUUGCACAACACCAGUGACGGAGGUGAGUAAUCCUUGCUCACCCUACCUUCGUCCCUCAGGAUGGGGUGCAGAUUGGAAGGGGUACGAGCAUAUCCGUAUCUCGAUCCCCUUCGCCUAUGACAUCUGCCCCCACCGCCAUACCUCCCUCGCCCCACUACGGUAGCAAUAUAAAAUAUUCACACACAUAAAAGAAGGAAAGGUAAAGGUACCCCUGACCGUUAGGUCCAGUCGCGGACAACUCUGGGGUUGCGGUGCUCAUCUCACUCUAUAGGCCAAGGGAGCCAGCAUUUGUCCUCAGACAGCUUCCGGGUCAUGUGGCCAGCAUGACUAAGCCGCUUCUGGUGAACCAGAGCAGCACAUGGAAAUGCUGUUUACCUUCCCGCCGGAGCAGUACCUAUUUAUCUACUUGCACUUUGAUGUGCUUGACAUUGUCUUGUGUCUCUGGGCAAUGCUCCAUAGUCUAGCACACAGUUUAGCAACAUGUGUCGUGAGGAAAGAAUGGUGUGGCAAGACCGACAUUGUCACCAGCUCUGCUUCUGAAUCUGGGGAAACAGAGGAGCGCUUCCCUGUAUCAAGGGUAAAAAAGCCAGAACAGCCUCUGUUUUUCUCAUGUCUUGUGUCUUUUUAGAUUUUGAGCUUGAGAGUAGGGACCUUCUUAGAACUGAUUCUUGAAAGCUGCUCUGAGAGCUUUUAUUGUUAUUAAUUGAUUGAUUAAUAUACCACCCUUCAUCCAAAGAUCUCAGGACAGUUCCCAAGAUAAAAAAUACAGGAUAAAAACAUAAAAUAAAUAGUUAAAACAAAAAAACAAAACAAUAACAGAUAAGGACAAUAAUGGGAGUGUAGGAACGGGGACUUUAAGCUUUGUCCCCCUAGUGAUUGUAGCCUGAACUGGGGGCCCCACACCAUCUAUUUGCCACAUAAACUUUCCUGCCAUUAUGGCUUUCCUUCACGCCCCCUCCCAAAUGUUGAAACCUGUUUUGAUUAUAUUGAAUUUUGAUGUAGUCAGAUUCCCCCCCCCCUCAAAAUGGCAGGGUCACUUAUACCUCCUCUCACUUAGAAUAGAGGACUUUACAUAUGAAAAGAGACCUGUGAUUUUUGCAUUGGUUCUUUAAUGCACUAAAUAAAUCAAUGGUUUAAUGGUCUCUGUGACCAUAAUUCUGUGUGCCUCCUUGGGGCAUGAGAUUUAGGUAGAGCAUGAAAACCAUAGGGCUCAUCUGGGACUAGGAUUAGCUUUAAUCCUUGAGGUGGUUUUUUUUUGAGUUUGUAGCAUUUCUAUGUUCUUGAGAAUGUGAGUUGAUGGAUCAUUUCCAGUGGGACUUCCUUAUGCCAUUGCAAAAAUACUAACCAAUACAAAAGAUUGACCUUGGCGCCCACAAGAGUCAGAGACAAGGAGCUUAGCUGAAGCUGGAGUGACAAUCAGGAGCCAAAUGAAUCAUAUCAAGUGUGACCAUUACACGCCUGAAAAUGAUUCUUAAUUAACCACCGAUCCUCUGUGGUAGCAAGUUUCCAAAAUCUGUGAAUCACAAGGGAACCACAGAAAAUGUACAAGCAGCAAUUUACCUAAUCUAAUAAGUCUGGUCUGCUGCCUGUUUGGAGCUGCUGUUUUUCUGCUCUCUCAGCCCCUCUGAAAAUGUUUCAUUCUGAUUUGUUUUACAAGACUUCUUUCCUUUAAGAGAGAGAGAGAUCAGAUACGUUUCGCCAUAUACUUUUAUUUUAUCACUUUUCGCAGGGUGGGGAAUCUGUGGUCUUCUAGAAAUUGUUGGACCCACCAAAAAUCUCCCUCAGACAGCAUAGCCCAAUGGUCAGGGAUUAAGGGAGUUAUUGUCCAAUAACAUCCAGCAGGCCAGAGGUACUCCACCCUUGACUUAUAGGCUGUAACCUUCUUCCUCUCUUUCUUUUUAAAUCAGAGUGAAAAUUAACCAUGCUAUAUAAAAACUACUGGUCUUGUGGCCUAAGCUUUUGUGACCCAGAUCCUCCUCCAUCAGAAAGACGAAGCAGUCACCUAAGUGGGUAGGUAUAUAUAUGUAUAUCCUAGUAUAGAGAGAAGGAAUCUUUUAAAAAUUACGUAUCACGUAUAAAUACUGAAGACAAAAGGUCAGUCAGUGCAAGGCAGGACAGCUGGUGCAUCACAGUACCAACCAGAACACAAAUGAAAACUGAAUCCAAUCUGGUAAGCAGUCUGGGGAAGGGUCUCUGUAGCUCAGUGGAAAGGCAUCUGCCUUGCACGCAGAAGGCCACAGGUUCAAUCCCCAUCAUUUCCAGGUCGGGCUGGGAAUGAUUCCUGUUUGAAACUGUGGGGAGCUGCUGCCAAUCAGUGUUGACAGUACUGGCCUAGGUGGACAAAUGGUGUGACUUGAUUUAAGGCUGCUGUGCAGUGGGGCAAACAGGUGAGCAUGAAGAAUGAUGAACUCUCAAGAACAGAGCCUACAUAGACCCAACCUUCUCCACAAGUUUGCACUUCACAGUAUGUUCCCAAAACAAAGCAAUCCAUCUAUAUUUUUCAGCGUUAUUUUCUAUGCGAAACUCCUACCUGUUGCAAGGGCCCACAAGAGUGGUGCCCUUAACUCACCUGGCAGAAUUGUUAACUUGCUCAGCCUCACGCUGACUUAGACAGAAGAGUCAUGUCUUGUCUUGAAAACUCUCUUUUGGCUCAGUGACAUCUGCAUAUAUGUUGCAGAGGUUUACAGUGAUGGAAGUUUAUUUCCACCAUCCCCAAUUCAAGGAAUACUUCAGUCACAUCACUCAGCAGUGCACUGGUGACAGCAACUAUCCUCUCAACACUGGAAAAGAGUUAAUGUGUGGACCUCUCCUGGUGGGUCCAAUCUAGAUUGGACUUUUACAUGGAACAUUUAUAUCUUCAUUUAGUUUGCCGGGGUCAGAGCUGCAAGGGGAACCUUCCUACAGAAUUUCAUGAACAAAGCUGCACAGACACACCCAAUAUUAUCCUAGCUGCUACCCCGAAUGCAGAAACUAGAUAAUCCUGUUUCAAAUUUUGGCAUUCUCACAGGACAGGUGCCUUACUAAGAAGAGUUUAUUCUUAGGUCCAAAAUCACCUGCAGUCAUACUUAUCUUCCUGGCAUCACAGUCUUCCUGGAAGCUACAAUUUGCUGACAUACUUACCGUAUAUGCUUCAAGCUGCCAUCCAGGUCAUACCACAGAAUACAUUGUCUACUGGAUGAUGUAACUGCAUUUAUCCAUUCCUUUGGUUAGAGACUACCACCUUCAAGUUUUACAUAAUGCAUUCUUAAAACAGGAGCACUCACUUGGGAAGAGGGAAAACCAGAUCAACUAAGUCAAGGCAGGUACAGAAGAGAUGCUGUCAGUGGAUUGGACCCAGCAAAAGGCUAACUGAAUGUCAUUUACUGUCUACAGCUCAUCCUGGAAGAUGAUAAUUCCACCUCACAACACCUUCUUAACAGAUAGCACUUCUUAACUGAAGCAACUGCUAACCAGCAGCAAUAGGUCACUUAAUGGAGUUUAAAAAUAUAUAAACUGGUGCCAUUUUGCUACCCUAGCUAUUCUGGCAACACUGUCAUGGGACCAAACUACAACGGCCAUAAAAUCAAAGUCUUGUUCAUCUACCCAUCCUCUAACAUGGUAUGACUGAGCAGUGAUGUCCUUCUCCCAUUGCCUUAAAUCAAAUAAGUUUAUUUCUCAUGCAAGAAGAUAAAUGGGGACAAAUUGGUGAUAUCUGAAUACCAGCAAGGGAGCAUUUCAAUUCCCAGGGCAUUUUGUGAUCCCAGGAGAUCACAGGAUCACGGUAUUCCUAUGUAAGUUUCAAAUGUGAUGAGUAUGACUCUUUUAGCAAAUUUGAUGCUCUGAUGUUUCAUCUGAGCAAAUCCUAGGAAUUGCUAGAUCACUACAGAAAGCAAUUGUUAGAUGUGUGUUUAAGCUAUUGAUCUUGCAAUGCCUGUUCAUUAUCAGCAUCCACUAGUCAGUGGGUUACAUCCGUUCCGAUUGGAUCUUGAAGUCAUUUGUGUUCUGCAUAGCACUGUGAUUCACUUACUGCUAUGUCCUGUAUUGCUUGACCUUUUGACUUUGCUUUAGAAACACAAUCAAUCACUCUUCCUUCUCUUUGUACUCGGGGUGUAUAUACUUACCCACUGAGUAGAGUAUAUAUCUGACAAAGUGGGCUCUGGUGCAUGAAAGCUUAUGCCACAAUCAAUUUAUUAGCACUUAAGAUGCUGUAAGAUUUUGUUGUUGUUGCAACAGAUAGAUAGCUAUAACUAUCCCCCUGGAACAUGAAAUGCAUUCUAAGAGCCAGUGUCUAGAUUUUACUGUAGCUAUUCACACCAGAUCCAAGGCUUGGAUUAACAGGUUCUUACAAACAUCUGUGGGCCUUGGGUAGAUAUCCAUAUUUUCUAGAUGGUGACACCAGCCAUUCUUUCAAAGUGGCUAUAUGGCAUGUAAAAUCACUAAUUUGAUUGUUCCUUCCAACUCUAGAAUCCUAUGAUAGACUCUGUGACUGUUUUGUUGAAUGACAUAGUGGUUUUUAAUUUUGUUACCAUAAAUGAUGUGGUUAAGUAAGUAACAACUUAAGUCCCUUAAUUUAAAUGGGGCCUAAGCAUGUAUCUGGAUCCAACCCCUAAUAUCUUGGGGUCAAUAGCUCUGUUGCACAAAGCAGCUGUAGCAAGCACAUUUCUGACCCAGAUUAUAUCCCAGCUGUAGCAUCUAAGAAUUAGUUUCGGAAGACAACAUGCCAGCUUUUAGUCUUUCCUCUGUGUGUCUUUGGUUUGGUUGACAGUUCGGUCCUAGUUGCCCUGUUGCUAUCAAGUAGGUAGGGAAAACUCUUAGACCAAAAAAAAUAUUGAAAUUUAAGCAUUCAUAAUCUGGGCUGAUGAAAUGAGUCGUGUGGGUGUUUGUUUUUAAAGUGAAUCUAAAUACUAAAUGCGGAACGCGGGUGGCGCUGUGGGUAAAACCUCAGUGCCUAGGACUUGCCGAUCGUAUGGUCGGCAGUUCAAAUCCCCGCGGCGGGGUGAGCUCCCGUCUUUCAGUCCCAGCUCCUGCCCACCUAGCAGUUCGAAAGCACCCCUAAGUGCAAGUAGAUAAAUAGGUACCGCUUUAUAGAGGGAAGGUAAACGGCGUUUCCAUGUGCUGCGCUGGUGCUGGCUCGCCAGAGCAGCUUCGUCACGCUGGCCACGUGACCCGGAAGUGUCUCCGGACAGCGCUGGCCCCCGGCCUCUUAAGUGAGAUGGGCGCACAACCCUAGAGUCGGACACGACUGGCCCGUACGGGCAGGGGUACCUUUACUAAAUACUAAAUGCACUAUGGGCUUAGAGGUUUUGUUCCAUUUUCUUCUUUUAAUUUAUGGACGAGUUGCUUCUAUUUCUUUUUAACACAGUAUUUCAUAAUUUGAUGCCCAAAAUGACAACUUGCACUCUAUACUUUUCAACAGGCAUGUCCAGACAUCCUCCAGGUCCUGAUAUGCCCACUUUCUAUCCCUUGUCUCCCGGUGGUGUUGGGCAGAUUACCCCACCUCUUGGCUGGUAAGAACCUCCUGGUGCUUCCGAACUAAGUUUGUGUGUGCUUGCAUAGUUGUGUGUGUGCAUGUUUGGUUUUGUUUUAAAAUAAUAAUACAGUGGUGCCUCGCAAGACGAAAUUAAUCGGUUCUGCGAGUGUCUUCGUCUAGCGGUUUUUUCGUCUUGCGAAGCAACCCUAUUAGCGGCUUAGCGGAUUAGCGCUAUUAGCGGUUUAGCGGCUAUUAAAGGCUUAGCGGCUUAGCUGCUAAAAGGCUAUUAGCGGCUUAGCGGCUUAGAAAAAGGGGGGGAGCGGAAAAAAAAUCUCAAGACUCGCAAGACAUUUUCGUCUUGCGAAGCAAGCCCAUAGGGAAAUUCGUCCUGCGAAGCAACUCAAAAAUGGAAAACCCUUUCGUCUAGCGGGUUUUCCGUCUUGCGAGGCAUUUGUCUUGCGGGGCACCACUGUAAUUGCUGCCUUUAUGGGCUUGAGAAGUAUCUCCUACCUGUUUACAUUUUUUAAAAAGUAGAAAUCCGUGGAAAUGCCAAUGAGUAAAUAACGAAGUAGCAGUUGAUUGUAACUAGCAAUUGUUUCAUAAAGUGUAGGUUUGUAUUUACAGUCAUACCUCGGGUUACGAACACUGUGGUUUGCGCGUUUUUGGGUUGCAGACUGCGCCGAACCCAGAAGUACCAGAACAGGUUACUUCUAGGUUUCAGUGCUCGCACAUGCGCAGAAGCACAAAAUGACAUCACGCGCAUGAACAGAAGUGCCAGAUCGCUUCACGCAUGUGCGCAGGCGUGAUGCUGCGCUGUGGGUUGCGAACGCUGUGGGUUGUGAAUGUGCCUCCUGCACGGAACAUGUUCGCAGCCCGAGGUAUGACUGUACUGAACUCUAGUAUGUAUUGUACUUUCAACAUGGUUCAUUUGGCCCAGUGCUCACAAGUCCUUUCCUUUAAAUGUUUGCAGGGUUCAGGACUGGGGCAUGCAUAUGAAUGCCACUGAGCAUGUGCACUGCCUUCUUGCCACUGAAUAAUUGCAACUUGAUUUGCUCAAUGCACUGUCCGUGUGGCAGAUGGGUCAUUUUCAUUGAGUCCUAGAAGUGUAGAGAUGGAAGAGACCCCUAAGAGUCCAGCCACCUUGCAAUGCAGGAAUCCUGUCCACAGGUGUCCCUGAGUGGGCUUGAGACACCAUUCUUCCUGUUACCAGACAGACACACUGACCCAUUGUGCCACCAUUGGGCACAGAGUGAAAACACAAUUAUUCAAGCACUUCAUGGUGCAAUCACAGCUAAAGAAGAGCCAUUGGAGAGUGACUGUGUAUACCUAUGUAUACCUUCAGUAAACCUUCCCCCAGUCAUGUUAAUAAAUUGCAUUGCCAUCCAGCAAGAGAGUGAUUCAGACGUGGACAACAAAAGAAUGACAUCUGCAGUGUAGUGAGCUAAAAUGAUAUAUUCUUUAGAGUUCUAUAGUUGGCAAUUUCUGCACCUCUUUGGAUUUGUUAUACUGGGAGUGUGCAUUUUGGCAUUUUGCCACACAUAUCUGACAUGAAAAUUCCACAGCUGUAGGCUCUCUACACCUUGUUAGAUUGGGCCCAAAUCUUUGAGUAAUCUUCCCUUGAUAUUUUGGAAAAUAACAGCAAAAUGGCUGUCAGCACCAUGAGUAAAAAAUGGCUGCAACUUUUCAAAAUGACCUUGUAAUUAGAAGAGAAUUUGAAAGAGCAGGAUGUGUGGUGCCUGUUCUCUUUUGUACAGCUGCUUUUACACUAUGGAAGCCUUUCUCAUGGUUUUGAUUCUAGCUUUUAAGUUUUGGCAUUUCCUCGAAAUGCUUUCUCAAUGCAGAUGUUUUUGCAAAGAGGGUGAAUCUGGAGGAAAAUGCUGAUAACACAAAUGAUGAAGUCUAGCACAGAUUACUCUUACGCUUUGCUUACUGUAGCUGAAAAUGUGCUAUAUUUGGAUUUCUUUUUCUUUUCCCCCAACCCUUUGGUGCACUGGCCCUCCCUACUGCACACACGCAGAGCUCUGUUUAAGUGUGAAGACCGUCAUGGUGAGCAAAAGAAAGGGCCAAUAGCUUUGGAAAUGCCAAUUUCUUAAAACAUUAAAUCUGUCAAUCGAUAGCUCUGCUUAAAUAGAAUUGAGCGAAGUCUUUCAAGAGCAGAUCAAUUAUUCUCUCUGAACUUUGCUACUUAAGUGUGUUGAAUCCUGCUCAGAAGUUGCAUCAAUGCAAGCUGGAGGAAAAGACAAUGUAAACUAAGCAGAAAAAGUUCAAAGUAUUUGAAGCAAUCAAUUUGUGCUAGUGAGAUAUGGCAUUCUGAAGAAGACUGGAACUUCAAACCAAGAGUUCAUUGGUUUGUUUUCUGUGUGCCCUGCUUUCUCUCUCCGUCUCUUAAGAUUCAUGUUUUGCACUCAAGUUGCUUACAUACACAUCUUUCGGUAAAAAUACAUGCUUAGUUUUCACUACCGAAUAAAGAGAACUGCUUGCAUCUUUUCAAACCAUACUAGGUAACUUCAGUAGGUCAUGGAAAAGUGAUGCUGUCAACGAGACAAUAAGCUGCCUCAACACCUUGCCUAGGAAAGACUAGGCAAAAACAAAAUCUUAUGAAGCUGCAGACGUGCUUCUUAUGCUUGUCUGUAUGGUGCACACAAACUACCGCAUUUCAGGAAUUUGAAUCCACUAUGCCCCCUUCAUAUAGAAAUCAUAAAUAUUAAAAAAUGCAAUUGGUUUACAAAUAUACACAAUCUUUCCCCAAAUAUAUUGAUCCAAUAAGAUUUGGCAGGACUGUUAAAAUAAUUAACUCCGUACCCUAUAAUCAAUAUAGUUGCCAGAAAGGAAUUAUAUUAAUUAUACUAAAGAACUAGGUUUGAUGUUAUCUUUAACCUGUAUAUAUUAUGUAUCAUCUUAUUUUUUCCAUAAAUUUAUUGUGUGUUCACCCUCUUGGUCUUUUUUGUAAUAGCUAACUUUAGUAAAGAGUGCUGCUUAUCAAAAGCUACUAUCCACUCACUGAAAGAAGGAUUUUAAAGAUUUUUAGUUACUACUGAUCUAGCAAUCCAGCAAUAGGUAAAAUAGUAGUCAUUAAUCCAAAUCCUCUCCAUUUAAGAUCUCAUUUAAAUAUGCAGAGAGAAUCGGUUUAGAUGUUUUAGGAAUGUUGCAGCCAGUUAUAUUAUUACCAGCACUUUUUGCCAGAAAAUAGAUAAAUAAGGAAAAGUCCAAAACAUAUCCAGUAACAUCAGCUUCCAAAAUUUAACAUUUCCAAUAUAUGUCCUCUUCACCUCAUUCUGAUAGAAGAAAAUAUAUAAAUUUGAAGUACCACCGAAAUUGAAAUUUAUAUUUAAUGGUUAUUUGAGUAACAUUUUAUUAUUUAUUUAUUUUGCAUGACAAAAACUUAUCCUUUACUCCUAAAUCCUGUUAAUUUAAUGAUAUGCUUGGUAAAGCUAGCAGUUCUUAGGAUCUAGGUCUCAUUUAUGCUCUUUUUGCUAGAUGUGGAGGUUUAUCUUCCCAGAUAAUCGUCAUAAUGAUAUCUUGCAACACCCUGAAGUGACUUUACUGACAAAUUAAUGUUCUUUGGGAGUUACUGAUGCUACUAACACUUUUCAGAAAUAUAAUUAGUCCCAUGGUAAAAACUUUCCCACUUUCAAUGUGCUGUAUUGGCAGACUGAUGUCUUGGUUGCAGUGGAACCAGUGGCGUAGCGUGGGGGGUGCAGGGGGGGCCCGGCCGCACCGGGCACAACAUCUGGGGGGGCACAACAUGACAGGUUAGGGGGCGCAACAUCACGGGUUAGGGGGCGCAAAUUACUUGCCUUGCCCCGGGUGCUGACAACCCACGCUACGCCACUGAGUGGAACUAUGAGUAUAAGUUUUGUCUCACUUUGACUGCCAGGGAGCCCCCCUCAAAGAAUCAUGGGAACUGCAGUUUACAGAGGAUUCUUUGUUAGAGGUCAAUAGACACCCACCCUCUUUUCACAGAACUAUAGUUUCUAGGGUUUCAUUGGCAAGUCAAUACUGCACCCCUUAUCACAAAGCUAAUUCUAGUUUAUUCGAAUCCAUUUUAUAGAAAGUGUUAAAGUUUAAAGGUAGCAUUGAAGGUUAUCCAGUUCAAGUUAAUGUUCCCAAGAUCCGUGGUGGUGGUCUUUCUCAGUAGGGAAUCUGUAGAACAGGCUUCCUCAACUUUGGCCCUCCAGAUGUUUUGAGACUACAGUUCCCGUCAUCCUUGACCACUGGUCCUGCUAGCUAGGGAUCAUGAGAGUUGUAGGCCAAAAACAUCUGGAGGGCCAAGGAAGCCUGCUGUAGAACCCUAAAUCAGAAUGCAGUGCAGUAUGCUUUCGUUGAUACCUCGCAUCUCAACUCAUUGGUGUUUGGUAAAAAGGCAAGCUCACUUCUGUUACAGUAUUAUUGAUGGGUUCCUUUCUUCUGUGACCUCAGGCAAGGUCAGCCUGUAUAUCCCAUCUCAAGUGGAUUCAGGCAGCCCUACCCACCCUCACUUUCAGUCGACACUUCCAUGUCAAGGUAGGUCUAGGUGCGGAAUGAGUGGCUGAGGUGUAACUGCUGGAAUUAGAGGGGCAGUUUGCUCCCCUGCUUGCAUCCUGGUGUAUGCCUCUGCUUGCUACCCCCUUCCCCCAGUCAGCUAAAAUGCAUUUAUACCUAUAAACUAUACUGUGUUUAUACAGCUUACCUAAAUCACAUGCUAAUGACCUUCAGCAUAUAGUCAGGGCUGGAAUCUGAAACAGCCUACCCCAAACCUGGUGCCCUCCAGAUAUUUUGGAUUACAACUCCCAUCAGUCCCAGCCAACAUGGCCCAGUAGUCAGGAGGGAUGGGAGCUAUAGUCCCAAACAUCUGGAGAGCACCAGGUUGGGGAACGUUGGUCUAAAGGCACAUGUUACCACAGCCUUGCUGAAGCUAAACAGGUCUGGGUUUGAUCAGUGCCUGAAUAGAAGACUUCUUGGAAACCCUAAGUAAUACUAUGGGUAACGCAAAGAAUGGUGGAAUAUAAAUGUAAAAUAAUAAUAAUGAUAAUAAAAGACCAGAUAGUCAUUCAAACUGCACUGGUGUUUGUCGUUUUGCACCACAUGAAUAUAACCACUAAAUAUAAAAUGGUCACUCCUUUUGAUCAGAGUCACUUUGGCUUCACUCCCUGCUCCUGUGCUUUACUCUUUUCAUGUAGACUGCAGCACCUCAAAGAAAUUUCCAAGCCCAAAUCUGUUUUAAAAUAAAGGCAAAGAAGCUGUGUACACAUGGUUAUAUCUGUAAUAGUGGCGUGUGAAUGGGUGGCAGCGUUAGUGCAAGCAAGAAGCACUAACUGGGACAUGGCAAGGACAACACUUUCGCGUCACACUUUACAUUUCUGCACUAUGGGAAGGUGGCCUCUAUAUCCUGUGCUUGGUGUACCCAAAGGUUUCAGCGAACCUCUGCAUAUUUUACACAUAUUUAAAACACACAACUGUUGAUUAACACAGGCAUUUGCUGUUUAGGUGUGGGUUCUAUCACAUUUCUUUACAUGUGCUUUUAUCACAUAGGGACCAAUCCUAUGCACAAGAAGCCGGCGUAAAGCACACUGGUGUAAGUUAAACUUGCAUAAAGUUACACCAGAUCCAAACCCCAUUCAGCAGUAGGACUGCUGCUGUGCCUAAACCUGGUAUUUAAACUAGUGUUCUAUGCCAGGUUGCCAAGUCAUGUGAUCAAGUUGGGCUUAGGGUCCAGCCUAAGUCCUCCCCUCUGAUCACGCCCCUGCCACAUCCCUUUCUGCUGAUUUACGCCAGCCUUGGUUAAGGCAGGCUGAGCAAAUUACACCAGCAUAUCUUCAGCUGAGCCAGGGUUGGGACUUAACACUGGCUAAGACAGGAAUCAGCUGGCUGAGCCAUAGAUCUGCUGCAUCCUAAACUGCUCAUCCUGGUGGAUUUUGUCAUAGGAUUGCCCCUUUAAUUACUGUUUUUAUGCAUCUUUAGGAAUAAGAUGUCUUGCAAAUUCCUAGUUGAGCAAGCCACCAUUAAAAACAUUUCAGUGUGCUCUUUAAGAGCGCAUGCUAAUUUCCCUGCCCUGUGAGUUUCUUGAUGGAAUAUGCAAGGUUACCUUACCAACACAUUUCAGGCAGAGAGAAAACCAAAGAAGCCUCAGAGGGGAAGUAGCAAACUAGUUCAGUAAUGCUAUUUUAAGUAUUUAUUUCAAUUUAUCUGUAGUAUGAGCCAUCCCAAUAGAAGCACACUUGAUUUGGAUCUGUGCCUAAGGCAAAACACUAGCCCAUAUUCUUUCCCCCGCACGCUUGGGGACUGAAAAGUUUGAUAUGUGAUCAAGUAAGGUUGAUGAAAUAUAAGACAGGUUUUAAUGUCCUUUUAUAAAGAUACGCAAGUUACCUUUGUUAGAGGUUUUUUUUUAAUUUUCUGCAUGAUAAUUACUACCUUUUGUUGGCUGGUGGUGGAUAACUCAAUAUCUUUUAUACUUGUGUGGAAACAGUUUUUUUGGUUAAGGGCUUUAUUCUUUUGAAAUUAUUGGCCAUGUUAAAUUCACUUGUGUCUAAUUCCAGAUUCCCAAAGCCACAGAUAACAGGAGACUAAAAACCCUAUUUGUAACACACGUUUUAGCCAAAUAAUUGUUUCCCACAUUGGUGUAUCAUGGUUUCUUAAGUGGUAUGAAUGAACUGCCUCCUAGGCCUGUCUUGAGUGAUUUGUAGGUAUCCUAUACUGUGCUUGAGUUCCCAUUAUGAAGAAGACUGUACUUUUUUCUUUUUUGUAGGUUUUCACAUCAUAUGAUCCCUGGUCCUCCAGGACCCCACACAACUGGAAUCCCUCACCCAGCUAUUGUAACACCUCAAGUCAAACAAGAACAUCCACACACAGACAGUGACUUAAUGCACGUGUGAGUUUUCCUCUGGUCUUUAAUUGCAAUCUCUGGUCUUUCAUCUGCAGUGCCAUAAAAGUUGAGUAAGCAUGGCAAAUAAGUAGUCUCAGUCUCUCUCUUUUUCACUUCCCAUGGGAAAUCACUGAAUCUGUGCCUAAAUAUCAUGUCAAUGUUUGGUAUUCUUCAACAAAGAAAUAGUGAUUGCAUUAGUAUUUUAAAAAUAUAUAAAAAAAUUAAAAGGGGGAUGGAAAGGGGGCAGGGUUCUGGGGGAAAUGACUUUGGCAAUCCUGCCCACCAUUGUACCCAAUGGGUUUUGACUUUACGUAAUUUUGGCUUUAGGUGCAAUCCCCGGAACGUAACUCCUAUGUUAGUUGCAUGCUUACAAAAUCCUCACCUCUCAGAGUAAUGAGCAUAUCGGGAUGCAGCUGUCCACUGGACUUAAGGCUUCUCCAAUGUUUUCAGAGUUUUAAGAGGAGACACAUGAAAGUACAUAUUAAAAUAUUAAAUAUGUAUUUAAAUAUUAUUAUUUAAAAUGCAAGUUAAUGCAGAGAUAGAAUGGAAUUAGCCAAAAUAAUUAUGCAAAACGUGGAAUUUUGCAAAAGUGACAAGGGUCUAGAAUAGUUGCCUCCAUCCCUAGGACCCAGUGGCAUUCUUCAGUGAUAAAGUUCCCAAGCUUGACGAAAUGGGUCUUUUGGGAACUGAACCCUAGAAUGAAAUUCCAUAGCUCAGCUUUUCUCAAGUACAGAUAUUUGUUCUGGAGAUGAUGUGAUGUCCUCAUGAUUUUAGGGAGAAUUUGCUGAUCCAAAUGUUCUUAAGUGGAAAAGACUUUCUUUCUUUCUUUCUUUCUCUGCUUCACAUCCCCACCUGUCUCUCAAAAGAUUUUUACCCAUAUCCUGUAAGCUAUUUUCAUGCUCUUCUUUGUACUCAACUUGUACCCACCACCACCCUCCUGCAAAAGCACAACACAACACAUUGCCACUUUAUUUCCUCCCUCCCUCCCUCCUGGUUCUUUUAUAUUCCCUUCUCCUUCCUACAACAUUUCCCCUCUUCUAGCCCCUUCCUUCAUGCCUUUCCCCACCCCUGCCCCACUCCUGGAACUUCUCUGGCCCCUGACCAUCUUGACUCAGCAUGCAAGGGGUUGCUGGUGCUAGCACUCAUCUAACUAGAAGCCUGGGGUUAUAUCUGGGGUUGGUGGGGCAAGCCAGUUAGGAGGCACUGGAUAGGCUGUGGCACUGAGGACUACCUGAAAGUGGGUCCCAAUCCACUGGUGAACAUUGUGAUAGAACAUAUAGGGUGUUUCCUCUUCUCUCCAAAAAUGUGAUAACUAAUCAAGCAUGGCUGCUCAGAAUAAUAGUUGGUCAUCUGAAAUAACGUGUUGAAAAUGGUAACAGUUGCUCUUUCUGUAUUUCCUUUCCUCCUGCUACCUUUAGGAAGCCUCAGCAUGAACAGAGGAAAGAACAGGAGCCCAAAAGACCUCACAUUAAGAAGCCUCUGAAUGCUUUCAUGUUAUACAUGAAAGAGAUGAGAGCGAAUGUCGUAGCAGAGUGUACUCUGAAAGAAAGUGCAGCUAUCAAUCAGAUUCUUGGCAGAAGGGUAUGACACAACCGUAUUUGUGUAUGUGCAUGUUCUGUGUUCAGUAUGUGCUGUCCAACAAACCCUUGCCCCGGUACCCACCUCGACAGCGUAGUCACUGGCUACUGGGAGCUAUGUGAUGCAGUUUAAAAUAAAAGCAAGUAGUCUUGUUGUGUCAUAAAGCUGGGGCCCAUAAGGUAAAGCACGUGUUUUGCAUGCAUAAAGGGUCAAAUUUAAGUCCACAGACCUCCAUUUACAAGGCUCUCAGGUAGGAGAACCAAAAAGACUCCUGACUGUGACCUGCUUUUCAGAGAAGUCAACACUAGGCUAGACCAGAAGUGGGGAAUCUCUGAUUCACAUAGCUGUCAACUUUUCCCUUUUCUUGCAAGGAAUCCUAUUCAGAAUAAGGGAAUUUCCCUUUAAAAAGGGGGAACGUUGACAGCUAUGGAUUCAUGAGACUUCCCAGGCUGGUGGCCACACUCACCAGCCACACCCACCAGCCCCAAACCUGCAGUCAUAUAUGACACCAGGUGUGUGGCAGGUAAAGGCAGGUGUUGGCCAAAAGGGGCUUUGCAGGCUCUACCAAUUGGCAGUGCUCGCAAAGCUCUGUUGCACAGUGCUUCCAAAGAGCCCAACUAGCAGCACAAAAGACCUUUACAAGUGUCAAUCAUUGGCAUCAUUAGGAUGUCAGAUGAUUGGCAGGUGGGCUGUCCUAUACACCUGUCAAAGUUCGUUUGUGGAGAUGGAGGGGAGAUAAGAUUCUGGCCUGCCACAUGAAAGCAGUCCUCUGCCCUAGACGCACCAGUAGUAAAAGGCAGCUUCAUAUUUCACGCAGGUGUGCUCGCCAUGUGUCAUAAGACUGUCAGUGGCAGUGGAACAUGAGUGGGGAAAAUCCUGUUGCACUUAUGUUCUGUUUGCGAGCUUCCCAUACACAUCUAGCUGUCCACUGUAGUAAGAGAAUGCUACACUAGAUUGGCUUUUGUUAGCCACUUGUUUUCAUGCUUUGAUUUGAACAAAUGUAUACAAAUAGCCAUGGUAAAAUAUGCAGAAGUUGUGCUGGAAGAAAGAAGUACAUUUUGCAGUACAUGUUUCCUUUUUUUCUGCAAUAUUUUCAUGUGAUACCUUCCUUAAACUAUUAGCCAGUACUUUUUUUCUAAAAAAAAGUUUAGGGGUACUCUCAUUUUCCUACUCAUAUUGAAAUACUGCCCCUCAAUGAGGCCACUUAGAUUCACAAAAUGUUUAGGGAUAUGCAUAUCCCUGCGUCCCGCAGAAAAAACCCACUGGUAUUAGCAAUAUGACUACUAUUUUGUUGAAUUUGCAAGUUUAGACUUUCAUUUUAAGUCUGAAUUUUAAUUCUCUUCUGAUAUUUCUUUAGCUUUCACUAUGCUUGCCAGUUACUUAAACCCUUGGCUUUUAAGAUGAGACUUGGCGUCAGAGUGAUUAGGGCUCUAUUUGCAAAGAAUACUAUAAUGUUUCUUGCUUGGGUUCUAUCAAAGCACGUUCUCUGUGUUUUAUUAUUAUGCUGUGUAAAUAUACCAUAGGACAGAAUAUACCUUCUUUGGUUUUCACAAACACUGAAUUAGCUUAAGCUCUUGUCUAUAUUUUGACAGCUUUCUGCAAGACUUACAAGUCCAAUUACCUCUCGUCUCCCAAGGUAGCUCCUAUGUCCUUUAUUCCAUGAUUGGUCUCAGUGUUUGAUAAUGGCUUACAAAGGAUAGCACCUAGGCAGGAAUCCAAGUGCUGCCUUUCUGGGUAGACAGCUGUAGCUGUACUCUAGAAAGUACACUCAAAUUUAGUUCCAUGGAAGUACCUCUUGAGAACCUUUAAAAAACUUUUCAUGCCAAAUAUUUUGGUAUUUAAAGGACAAAAGAGUCUGAAUGUACUGUCUGCUACACUUGUGUUGUGAAACAAACCACUUUUGGGGUAUAGAAGUUUGAAGAUUAUUGGGCAGGUUGAGAGAAACUUCCACACCACAUUCAAUAAUAUGCAUACAUUUCAGAACCCAUGGCAUGGGUCAAAACAAUUGAUAGUCCUCCUAGAUCAAGGCAGUCCAACAUUUCAUACAAAGUGGACUGCAAGAGUACUUUGACACGGAACCCAAAGGCUAAAAUUUGACACUCUCCAAGCCCUCACACUGUCUUCUGGAAGCUAAGCGAGGUGCCAUGCUUUGGGAAGAAGUCACAAGGUUCUGGUAGGAUCCUGGAGCCCUCCUUCCUCCUUCCCAAAGUUGGGAAAGCACUAAUUAGGACCCUGUCAGAGCCCUCGUGCUUCCUUCCCAAAGCCCAGUGUCUCACUUACCAAGCUUUGGGAAGGCAUCCCGAGGGCUGGGGGCGGGCAUCAAAUGUUGUCAAGGGCCACCAAAAAAGGUAUUUCAGGCUGCACGUGGCCCUUGAGCAGUAUUCUGGACCACUCUGUCCUAGAUGAAGGCAGAUGUAACAUUGUUAAAAUAGUGUUGACAAUUUGGAAGCAUUGUAGGUGUAUUCAGUCCAAAUUUCUCAUCGCGCUCUAGCUUUGAGUUCUGGAGGAUGGAUGAAAAUUUGCUACAUAAGCUGGUUGUUCACUGUACUGGCUGGCUAUUGCCUACUACAAGGUUCCCCAGUCCCAGAACAUUCCUUAAGGAAAAGGGUUCCUUCUAAAAGUUAAUGAGAAGGUGAUGGAUUAUUUAUUUUCAAAUGUAUAUCAUGAUUAUUAUUCUUUGUGCUUCAGCAGGUUCAAGGUUGUAUGCAAAGUUAAAAUACAUAAUUAGCUAAUAAACAAUUUAGGGUGGUAGUCAACUAAGUUUUACUCAGAGUAGACCCGCUGAUAUUAAUGAACAUGACUGAGUUAGGUCCAUCAAUUUUGAUGGAUCUAUGUAGUUGAAUUACCACACCAGUCUAAACCACAACAGCAAUAAAACAUUUUUACUUAAGAGCACUGAGUGAAGGAUGGGGAGAAAAAAAUGUAUGUAUGCUGCUUUAAGAAAUAAAAAUAUAAGAAAAUAAUAAUAUGUAUACCCCACCCAUAUGACUGGGUUGCCCCAGCCAUUCUGGGCAGCUUCCAACAUAUUAAAAACACAGCAAACAUCAAACAUUAAAAACUUCCCAAUACAGGGCUACCUUCAGAUGUCUUCAGAAAAUUGUUUAUCUGUUUGACAUCUGAUGGGAGGGUGUUCCCUUUGCCUUUGCCUUGUUCCCUGUAAGACAAGCCUGCAGGAUCAGGCCAAGGGAACAUCUAGUUAAGCAUCCUGUUCUCACAGUGGCCAACCAGAUGCCUAUGGAAGCCUGUAGGCAGACCAUGAGCGCAACAGCACUCUCUGCCCAUCUGCAAUUCCUAGUAACUAGUAUUCAGAGGACAACUUGCCUUAAGUAAGGGUGUAGAGUGUGUCUGACGGCCAAGUGAGUAUUCAUUUUGUUGAAGUGCAUGUCUGUAGCUUCCAUGCCUGGAGGAAGCCCUUUGCAGGGCUCAGCCAAGGGACCUGCUCAUUUUGUAUUUUCUCAUUCUCCGCUCUUACUUUAGGCUGCAUUUCUGUGCAGCGUUGCACAUAUUGUAAAGUUACCAGUCCUUCCCCCCGCCCCGACUUGUAAAUCCUACAUUCUCUACAGCUAACCACGUUUGACAAAGAAGAACAGAGAAUGGUUAUUCCAACAUUUCAGCUAGCGAUAGAGGGGGCAUUAUGUUUGCCCACCACUUUAUGCACCGUGUUUGGGUUUUCCCAGCCACCGAAUGUUUAAUUUGCUUGCUAAACACUCGCUGUUCAAGGAUGAGGGAAGCACACUGACUUCUCACUGAGGCCCAUCCUACGUAGGCAGAACUUAUGGGGUAAUAAAUGGACUGUUUGCUCAUGCUGCCUCUGAAGGACAUAUUUGAAGGGAAAGUCUUUCCUGUGUCUGUACACAAGUCGCUUUAGCCUGAGGUCAGCUGGCUCUGUGCAUCUGCCAACACACAAGAGGAUUUGACUAUUGGCAUGUUACAUCAAAUAUCACUUUUGUAGUAUUUGCGAUGGCCUGCUAAAAGCCAAACUUUGAACACAGUGGCAGAUGGCGUACAACUGAAAUCACCUUGUAGCUGGGGGUUGGAGGGAGGAGAGAACGGUGUUGUGGGAAUCUUUCCAGACUUCUGUUGAGACUUCUUUCCAAAGCAACUUCAGUACACAAACUAAGAGAGAGAGAGAGAGAGAGAGAAAGAGAGAGAGAGAGAGAGUUCUGUUUAAAAGCGUUGAAAUGUUGCUGCCGCAAAACCUUUCCCAACCCCACUUACCAAAUAAAUUAAUACAGUGUUUUAAGCACUGUUUGUACAUUUGUAUAGAAGUCUGGGAUAACUGUGCUACAUGUUUCCACAGCUCUCGGGUUGCUAUUGCUCCUAAACCCUAACUGAUCCCAUCAGUUAAUUAAAUUAAAUUAAAUUAAAUUAAAACUGACCACAUGUGUAAUUGCCCACCAACAGCAAACAAUAAACAAACAAAGGAGACAGAAAAAAUGAGGAGUUGCUAAAAUGUUGGGUAACAACCGUGUCUUGCAUAAUGAUGGCAAAUUAUUCAGAAUAUUACAUUUGGGUGAUAAAACAUAGAUGCAGAGAUGAUGAUCUAACCUUUGUGAUUCCCUCUGGAGGAUCCCAAACCUUUUUAUUAGAAAACUAUCAGCCCCUUGGGAGGAAAGCAGCAUACCUUCUGUACUACUGCUCUGUCCCCUGCUGGCUCCCUCCGCUGUUCCCUGCUGUUUGGCUCUUGGAAGCCCUAAGCUUCUACCCUCACUUCCUGCUGUGAAACAGCUGACAGGCAGCUGCGGGGGCUGGAACUGGCUGCUUCUUGAGAGCAAAAGCUGCUGUGGCUUGGAGAAGGUGUGUGCAUGUGGAGAGAGAGAGAGAGAGUGCUGUUCACUUGUUCUAAAGAUUGCCUUGCGCUGGAACAGCUGAAGUCCAGUCCUGAAAUGCCAAUUAAUCAGAAUGGGUUUUGAAACAUUAAACUCAAAAGUUCGCUGAAGACUAUAGUAGUAACCACAGCAAUAAAAAAUGUUGUUCCAGUCUCAGUCUGUGAUGGAAAUCGGGAAAUAUAAAUGCUCCCAAAGGAAAGGAAUGACUGGAAGUGUGACAGAGCUCCCACUAAAGAAUGAACAUACCUGCUACCCUUUUGAGAGAUGGAAAAACAGGAUAUUCUAUUGCCCCAUCACUGGUGCUCAGAUUAGACUAGCCAGUGAUGCUUCUGACCAUGCAAGGACAUGAAUGUACACAAUGAGUAAGAGUAGCUGACUUUAAAAAGAUUGUUAUUUUUUAUAACUAGGGUGACUUCUUACUCCAAGCCCCUGUCUCCUGCUUCUGUGUCCCACCUGUCAACUGCUACCAUUAAUCUCACUUGCAGAAAGCAACUAGCAAGAUAGACUGCUUUUACCUGUCUGUCUGUUCAGAUGGUACCCACUUCAUGGUCUCAAAACUUUGCAAUGGCUUUUGAGUCUCUUACGUACCAAAACUAAAUAUAUUCUAGGUUUCAGGCCAUUUUUUGUUCUAAUAGUAACUUCAGAUCCUGUUGUCCAGAUUUCUUUUUCUUUCCAAGUAUCAGUUCAACAUCUUUAGCAGUAUGAUGAAAAGAGAAUUUUCCAAGUUGAUUUGCCACGCCAGCAUCAUGGAAGUCAGUCCCCGAGUGGUGAGGCCUCCGCACCACGCCGGUUUAGAGCAGGGAUUGACCGAAUGGGUGGCAGGGUUCGCAAGGUCCGCAGGCUGGAUUAACGAGCCCGGUGGGCUGUCGGAGCCAGCCGUUACAAAUGGCGAAGUUUAGCAUAAAAUAAAGACACAGAGAGCCAGCAAUAUUUUCAUGAUGGUAGGAGCAGCUCCCUUCGGACUUCCCUCUCCUCCGGUAACCUUUUUUAUUAUCCUUUGUCUCUCUCCAGCCGCAUGGCUGUUUGCCAAUGUCUCACGUUACCUCAUCCGGUCAAGGCUUUAACCCACCCACAAACCAUAUAAGGUUAAUACAUUCCAAUACAUUGUAAAGCUCAGAGUGCUGGUCAGCCGAGGUCAGGGGGCACCCUGCAAUAUUACAAGCCUUUACCGUGGCUUUAUGACUCCCACAGUGGGCCAUAUCUGGCCCCCGGGCUUUAGUUUGCCGACCCCUGCCUAAGAACAUUAGAAGAGCCCUGCUGGCUGAAGGGCCAUCCAGUCAAAGCGUCCUCUUCUGCCAGUGGCCAACCAGAUCUCUAUGGGAAGCUCUCAGACAGGAGAAAUGCACAACAGCAUGAUGGGAAGUUCUGCUUCUGCACAUGAGUCUGGGAAUGUUCAGUUCACAUUGAGUUCAUGAAACAUCAUCUCCUGACCUGUUCUUAACGCAUUGUUGACUACAUCUACGGAAUGCGAUUGUAAUGCUCUUUCAAGUCACGCAAUAUCAAUCACUAGUAAUAGUUUAUUAAGUCAUGCAAUAUCAAUCACUAGUAAUAGUUUAAUAAGGAGGAUUUCAUACCUGUCUAACCAUGUGUUCCCUUUCCCAACCUUUAAUCUAUUGAUGAUUAAUGCCCCUGCAUUGUAUUUGUGUUAACCAAUCAGCAACAAGCACAUUAUGUGGCAAUGCUGUAAUAUACAAUAAAAGGGACUCUCCGAGACAUGCUCGGUAGAUGCCUCCCAUAUGACACUUGUCACUCGUCUGUCGUUUAUUUCAACCCAACAACAGCACUCUCUCUCCCCAUGUGAUUCUCAGCAUCUAGUAUUGAGAGGUAUACUGCCUCUGACUUUGGAGGCAGAGCAUAGGAAUUGUGGUUGAUAGUCUUCCAUGAAGGUUGAGUCUAUCUUGAAACACUAUCACCGUGGGUAUGCCAACAAAGUGGGUUAGAAUUCAUAUGGGUCUUACUACUUAAAUAAUCCUCUGUGUAUAAUAUGGAGCUUCUCUUACCUUAUCAUUGAGCACUCUGUGUUUUCCCAUGAACCAGAGAAAUUAGAACUAAUGCUGUCCUUUAUUUUUAGCAUGUUCUUGUACAAAAACGUAACAUUCGUUCUUUCUCUCCUUAUUUGCAGUGGCACGCAUUGUCCCGUGAAGAACAAGCUAAAUAUUAUGAACUAGCUCGGAAAGAAAGGCAGCUACACAUGCAGCUCUACCCAGGCUGGUCUGCAAGGGACAACUACGUAAGCCGAUUAUUUACACUUUCUUCAGCUCGCAAUUUGCAGUAGUUAAAAGUCUAGGUGAGGGUAGCAGCUGGGCCAUGAGAUGCACCGUCGGCCUUGUGUUCACUUUCAAUUAAGUGCCAUUUAUUCUCUUGCCUUUCUUUAGAUUGUUUCUGCAUAUCCCAAACUAAUCUGGAAUUGGCCAUGGGUGUGUUCCUGGUCCAGCUUUAUGCCAUGUGACAAAUAACAUCAAAACGGCAAUUAAGGGAUAGAUAGCUUUGCAAACAUCUGGAGCACUGAUUCACAUAUGUCCCCCACCUGAUAACUCUUUUGAUGCAUGCUUAUCACAUGGUUAAUAAAAACACAGACAAUGAAUCUCUUCUGAAGGUGGCUUGUUGGAUUUUCCUGGAACUAAUCUGAGCUGUAUGUUUGUGCUUUGUGUUUAAGGCUUGUUUGUGUAUGGCUUUUAUUUUAUUUUAUUAAGUAGGUAGAAUGGAUGUAAACUAAAUUUCACACCUUGAUUUGAAAAGAACAGUCAUCUUCAGCUGCAGACGUAUUAUAAAUUAAUUAUAAAAAAACUGUUUAGUCAGUGCUGCUUUAAAAAAAGUAUACAUAUUUAAUUAUGAAAAAAAUUAACAAGCUAGACCGCUCAUACCAAAACCCAGUGAUGAUACUGCUAAUGUUGAACAUUUUGCCAUUUACUCAUUAAAACUUAUCUGUCUGUAUUAAAAAAAAAAUUCCAUACCCAUGAUAGCCUAGAAACUAUUUGUCUGGGAAUUAGCUAAGAAUGAGCCUUGAUCACUCCUAAAUAAAGAAUUCAAAGAGAAGCCUAAUCCCAGACCUAGUUCUUACUUUGAAAAUGCAGUGUGUCACACAUUCAUAAAAAAACCUCAAUCCUUUGUUUGCUACAGCCAUAAUCCAGUAUGCCUAGUUAAUGAUAGGUAAAUAGACUUGCCCCUGAGUAAAACUCCAUAAAAGAGCCACUGAGCUUCAGAGCACAGAGAAUCUCUUUUGCCCAGAACCUACAUUCACUUAAUAAAACCUUUUGUCUGCUCUUAAUUUAAAUCUCUUCUGAAAGACUUGUUUUAUCAUAAUGAAUUGUGUUAAAAUGGGAGAGAGGAGGGUAGUACUGUAACCAUGCAGCUACUAGGAGCUAAACCCAUGUGCUGCAGAAUAUAGAUUGGUUAUAUUGAGAGUUUAUGGUGAAAACAUGUGAUAGCCAGUCCGACCUUUAAAACUGCGAUCUCUUUCCAGUUGGAAAAUGCUUUACUUUCUGUCAAACACCCUGACCAAAAUGUUUUGAGGCAGUCAUGAGUAUUUCAUAGAAUCAUAGAAUCAUAGAGUUGGAAGAGACCACAAGGGCCAUCGAGUCCAACCCCCUGCCAAGCAGGAAACACCAUCAGAGCACUCCUGACAUAUGGUUGUCAAGCCUCUGCUUAAAGACCUCCAAAGAAGGAGACUCCACCACACUCCUUGGCAGCAAAUUCCACUGUCGAACAGCUCUUACUGUCAGGAAGUUCUUCCUAAUGUUUAGGUGGAAUCUUCUUUCUUGUAGUUUGGAUCCAUUGCUCCGUGUCCGCUUCUCUGGAGCAGCAGAAAACAACUUUUCUCCCUCCUCUAUGUGACAUCAUUUAUAUAUUUGAACAUGGCUAUCAUAUCACCCCUUAACCUCCUCUUCUCCAGGCUAAACAUGCCCAGCUCCCUUAGCCGUUCCUCAUAAGGCAUCAAGAGCACAGAUUUAUAUGUUAUAUGUUUGCAAGAGCACAGAUUUAUAUGUUACUCUUUGUUGCAGAAAUGCAUCAUUUUGCAGCAUUUCACGUUACCACUCCUUAUUACAGUUAUAUAGAGCUUUUGGCUUACAAAUACAGGCCUACAACUUGAAUCAUGGCUUCAAAUGUUGUUUUAGUCUAUUACUCAUUAUAAUAUAUGUAACUGGGGUCCGGUAGCAUUUUUCUGAAACAAGUUUCAAUGUGUCUGCUUCCUGCAAGUAUAGUCAUCUAGGAUAUUUUCUUCCUUGAAAUGAUUUCUACUAAAAGAAGUACUCUUCACACUUAAACAACUGAGUAAGGUUUAAGGCACCUUGCAGAGCCUAGAGCUCAGUUUUGAGGAGGAUCUUUUUACACUGCACUGAAACUCCUAAGUUUUUUGUACCUGAAUGUAGGCAAAAUUGUUAGAAGAAUAAUCCUUGAGGGAUCACAUAAAUAUGGAGAUAUUGAAUUUGCUUUGGCUGGAAAACCCCAAAUGAAUAUAAUAGUUAAAAAUAACAUGGAGAUAAUCAGAAAUGGCUUUUGAUGUGCCAUCACCCUUUCAGAAAUGUUAAGUAUUUUGAAGGAAGGUGAUUUAUAUGAUUGUAAAAAGUGUCUGCCCCCCCUCCCCGCUUUUCUUGCCUAAUAUAGGGAAAGAAAAAGAAGAGGAAGAGAGAAAAGCUACAAGAGUCUACUGCAGGUAUGCUUUAUGAGUAGAGCUUCAUGUUAAAUAUGUGUGCUAUUUGAAAAAUUCAGCACUUCCUUUAAUGCUUAUUUCUGGUUCUAUAUAUAGAAUUCUUUGCACAAACACUUCUCUAUUGAAUGGUACAUAUUCUAAUGGAUACUACUGCUGUCUUUAUUGCCUUUUCGGUCCACACUCAGUGGGGUGUCAAACUGUAGACUUGCUCUCAUUUUGAGGGAAUGUAUGGAAUCCAGCUCUGUACUGUUUGGAAGGGAAGUGUGGCCUUCCCUUUUCUUGGAGGUCAGUACAGGCAGAAAGCCUGGAGAUCACUGAUAACACCUGCAAGCGCAGUUUACAAUACGUUCCAAGUGCUCUUCGCCAGAGGUCUGCACAGAAAGAAGAAGCACCAUUUGUAGGACAUCCAGCCUUUGCUGCUUCUUUGUACAAACUCAUGCUCUAAUGGCAAUGGCAGCUGAAGAUUGUUUGCAGUAGCUGCAGAAUUGCCACCACUAGCCCUACACAUACAGGCAUGGAUGUUUUAAAAAGGAAGCAGUGGAGGGCUGUUUCCUUUGAUUCUAAUCUGCAUCCUGGUCUAGCUUCAACAAGUAGUAGCUGGGAGCCACUACUGGUUGAAUCAUAGUCCCUACUGACUCUACUGACCUCCAGAAGUAGGGCGGGGGAGGGAGGGAACAGGAAGCAACAGGUAUUCGGGUCUACACUUUCCCUCACUGUGAAGAUAACUGGUUGACUGAUUUGGUAUGGGGAUGCUGCACUGUUUCAUAUAUUCUCCUAUAGUUCUCAAAUGUAAUUAAACAUUUUUAAAAAGACAGGAGGAGCUGGUCUUUACAGCUGCCUGGUAGGUUGGCUCAAAGCAUCAGUGAGGUCCUUUCACUUUUUUGUAUAUUAAAUAAAACAAAAUGGCUGGUAUAAGAACCAUGAAAGGCAGAGGAAAUCAAUCGGCAAUCAAUAUUCUAGUAAAAUACCUUUUAUUUGGAGUGUGCAAAAAAUAAAUAAAUUCUUCAAUGGAAAUUUGUUAAAAGCAACAAUCUUCUACAGGUGCAGCCCCACGAAUGACAGCUGCCUACAUCUGA